CGCGGCCGGAGUGCAUUCCGUGAGCGGUAGACGCGUAUCGCACAUCUAGACAGUCGUCGCGAACAGGCCGAUAUGUGCGUGCGUGUGUCGUUCGUACGUGGUAACUAGACUAGGUACGUAACGAUCGAGUUUAACGCACAACGUGUAUCCGUGUGUUUGUGAGGAGAAAUCGUGAGGGAGUAGCGCGUGCUGGCCACGGGGGCCGCGAUACGAGGAGGAGGGAAUAAAGGAGGAAGAAAGAGAAGUGUCGUGGUUUGACGUUUUUUUCGGGUCUCGUUGGCGAGACGACGAGAGAGAGAGAGAGGCGCAGCGGUUGCUGCCGAUGUACAUGGUGGUGGCUGUAGCAGGGUGUGGUGUACGGAGAACAGGUGUCCACGAGCGCAGCUCGACCGUGAAACGAGGAGAAGCCGGAAACGUAGUACGAAGCCGGUGCGGUUACGGCAGCAUGAAUUUUCGGGCUGGCUAGCCCGGAGCGAAGACUCGCGUGAGCAACAUCAGCGAGGGACGGCACGAGGUGAGACGCGGCAGCUGCGAGCUGGCGGCGAAUCAUGUCGGAGACACCACCGAAGAGCGCGAGUCCUGCCGGCAGCCGGGCCAGCCCUGGCAGCCCGAGCACGCCACGUGGAGGUCGGCUCCGGGAUAGGGUCAACUUUUUCGUGGAGUUGUUCGAGGACAAGGAGGGAAGGCGGAAUGCGGGUCAGUACAGGUCGCCCACGAAUCCUAGACCCGGUUCCAGGCCAUCGUCCAGAGCUAGCGACUCGUCGUUCGAGGAGAGUUUCGAACGGUUGGUGGAGGAGGGCGAAUUGAACGGUUCGAAGGUGGUGAAGUUCGAGAAGAUCACGGUAAGGAAGAGCGUGAGAGAGAUCGGGACCGGUGGUGCGUCGACCCGUGCUUCUCUCGCCGAAUCGAGCAGGACGCCUAGCGAGGAACACGCCCUCGAGGACUCGGCCUACCAGAGUCACAGCCACGGUGCACCGAAUCACGGGAGUAAGUCGAGCUCUGUCACGUCGUUCACGAGAUUUCCAUCGGAGGAGAGUUUGUCGCAUAGGAGGGGCAGUAGCCCUCACCAGCAUCUGGACGAUCGAACGCCGUCCGAGUGGUACGCGGAAUAUCGUACUCAGAGCUUCCACAACGUCGCCACCAGAAUCGAAUAUGUGCGCAGUAAGAGCGAGUACGAUGCACACAUCGCUGAGAUUAAAGACGAACAAGAACGCGUUCAAAAGAAGACCUUCGUCAACUGGAUCAAUUCUUAUCUUUCCAAGAGAAGUCCACCGCUUCGAGUGGAUGAUUUAAUCGAGGAUCUCAAGGAUGGCACCCGCCUACUCGCAUUGCUUGAAGUUCUGUCCGGUGAGAAGUUGCCGGUGGAAAGGGGUCGUAACUUGAAAAGACCUCAUUUUCUUAGCAACGCGAACACUGCGCUUCAAUUCUUACAAAGCAAAAAAAUCAAGCUAGUGAACAUAAAUUCGUCCGAUUUAGUAGAUGGACGACCGCCCGUAGUGUUAGGCUUGAUAUGGACUAUCAUCUUAUACUUCCAGAUCGAGGAGAAUACCAGAGCAUUGGAAUAUCUUGGACAAACGUGGGGUAGUCAGAGCAGCUUGGAGAGUCUGAGUACUCAGGGGUCGGCGACCAGCGAGAGAAAACGCAUCAGUAGCGAGAAAUGGAAGCAGGGAGCGAGAAAGACUCUGCUUCAGUGGGUCACCAAUGCUCUGCCAAAGGACAUAAAAGUACGAGACUUCGGUGAAAGCUGGCGCGAUGGCAACGCCUUCCUGGCUAUCAUCGACGCGAUCAAAGCGAAUUUGGUGAACAUCGCCGCCAUGAGAGAAGCAACGAACAGAACACGUCUAGCGACCGCGUUCCACGUGGCCGAAUCCGAAUUGGGUAUCGCCAAACUCCUCGAUCCCGAGGAUGUCGACGUUCCUCAGCCGGACGAGAAAUCGAUAAUGACCUACGUUGCCCAAUUUUUGCACAAAUAUCCGGAACCAGGAUCCGCAGCUUCCGAUUCGUUCGCGGCUGUGCAACAAGAGUACGAUGGUCUGCUCGCUUGGCUUUACGAACGACUCAAAUACUUGGAACAGAUGGGCAGUUCCCCGUUGGGUUAUGAUGAAUACGCCGCGGUAAAAGCGGAAGUCGAGCAGCAGAGAAUUGUGUAUAAUAAGCUGCAACGUCUUGUCGAGACUCCUAGCAUGAUCAGCAUCACUCGAGAUUCUUGGAGACACGUGCAGAAUCUAUGGAAGACCUUGGAAAUGCUUAUGUUACGCUGGCUUUGGGUCUUAGAUUCCUACUUACCAGGCGAAUUAAGCGUUGUAGGCAGAUGGUUGUGUCGUGCAGAAGAUCUUCUAUUAUCCGACAACAACAUCCCAGAAGAAAUGACAGAAGAAACAGCCAACAUAAUAUCGAAUAAGCUCGAAGAACACAAGAAGUUCUUCCUCGAUCUUCCGUCCAUGACGGAGCGAUUUCAAGCGGCGAGGGGUUCCGAGGCUGCAUUGAAAGUGCAUCCUCAACAAUUGAACGAGAUGGCGGCUCGAUUGGACAGCUUGCCGGAUCGUGCCGCCAAACGUAGAAUCCGACUCAAGUUUCUGGAGCACAAAUGUUGCCUUAUUGCUUUCUUGUUCUUAGUCGAGACGAAGUUGAAGGGAUGGAGCGUGAAAUAUGGCACGGAAGAGAGUGUACAUCAGAUGUUGGAGCAAUAUAGAAACUUCGUGUCUCGAAAUAGAAUUUUCCAGGAAUUCCAGAAAGCGUAUUUGGACAUGCAACAAAUCGUCGAGGAUUAUAAACGCGAAGGCAAUGUUGACCAAGAAGAAAGCGCAAAUAUCGACCGUUUUAUGAGAGAGACCAGCGACAAAUGGAAGAGCGUAUCCAUGGAUCUUCGUUGCGUGCAAAGCAUGCUCGAGGAAGUAGUAGCCUAUUGGCGUCGAUGGAACGUCAUCUCCGACGAAUUCGUAACCUGGUUGAAUCGCGCUGAACCUGCCUUGCACCUUCCCGAAGAAGAUAAAAUGGAAUUCUUCCAAGACAUAAGCGUAUGGAAGGAUAAACACCAACAACUAUCCGACACAGUGACAUUUUUAAUCGCCACAUCUGACGAAUCAGUCGCCUUGCAACUGAAACAACGUUAUUCGAAUCUCACGUCCAGAUGGGAAUCUCUAUUCCAAGAAGCGAAGCAAUAUAUGCACGCUGGAGACGUUAUAAGAAAUAGAAAAGAUUAUAGAGCAGGAGUGGAGACAUUGCAAAAGUGGCUGAGAAACGUCGAAACAGCUUUGUCAGCCACUGAUCUAACCACAACUGAAAAAAUUAAAGCUUAUGGUGAGAAGUUGCAAAUCUUCCACAACGAGGUAGAAGGGAUCGAAGAUCUGUUCAAGAGUAUCAGCAAGAAGUUUCAAACGCUUAUUCAAGAUUUGUCUCGUGACGAAGUGGAUAAGAUGAUGAACACUUUGAAGAAAGAGAAAGAAGCUCUGGUCAAAGUACGAGCUUUGAUACCGAUGCAAUUGCAUUUGUAUCAUCAACUUUUGGUCCAGCAAGAAUCUCUAGAAGCUGGUCAAAAGGAAAUAGCUGCCUGGUUAGACGAAGCAGAGAGAAUGUUGACCAAUAUCGAUCUGUCACGUGGUAGGGAACAUAUUCUGGCACAGUUAGAUCGUCACAAAGCUUUCUUUUCGAGAACUUUGUAUUACAAAUCUAUGCUAGAAUCUAAGAACAAAGUAUUCACCAGCAUAGUAAAGUCUGUGGACAGUCACGCUGACGUAGCCACCGCAGAAGGUGGAAGAACAUUGAGAGAAUUGAACGAACGAUUCAACAGAGUUUCCCAAGCGGCUCAAGCCUUGGAGCAACGACUUCAGGAAGCUGUCAGAUGCUGGACCAAAUUCAAAGAGUGCGAGAGACAAGUCUGCGAAUGGCUAUCAGUCGCAGAAACCAUGAUGAAUGAUAAACAUACCGAUAAUAGACGAUCCAUAGAAUACCAUAAGAAUUUCUUCAGCAAUGUUAACGAGAAAUGGAUUCAAGAUUUCGUAAACGCUGGACAGGAUUUGAAAAGUAUUUUGCCUGUCGAGCAGCAAGCUCCUAUUUCAGAAGCUGUAGAAUCGCUUCAGAAACGUUGGAAGGAGGUAUUAACCUUCGCUCCUCUUCAUUUGAUGAGACUUGAGUUCCGUUUGGAUGAAGCUACGUUCUUACAAUAUCUGAAAGAAAUUGAAGUAGAAGUGAAUUCAGAGCAGCAGGCUCUAAUGAAGAACGAUAAUGUGGAGAGCAUACUGCAAAGAAACAAGGAAUUUUUCGUAAAUCGUGGCACUGUACUCGAGGUGGAGAAGUGCCUGCAGACUCUGAAGAAGAUCAGUGAUGCAUAUAGUCAGUUGAAACCUAACGAUACCAGCUUGGCUGAAGCCGCACAACACGCUGAAAAUCUGUGGGAGGAUUCUGCUCAGAGAGUGGAACGUUUGAGGGAACAACUGAAGCAAGUGCCUGAGCAAUGGGCUGCUUAUAAGAAGAAAUUCGAUGAAAUGGUACGAUGGAUGGACCAUGUGGACAGUAAUUUGAGAACCAUAUUGCACGAGGUGAACACUUUAGAGGAAUUCGAGACAGAGAAAACGAUAUUCCAGAAAAUAUGCAGAGAAGCAGACAGCAAGCGCGAAGAAAUGAAAUGGUUGGUCCAAACUCUCGACAGCCUGACUUCCAAUCGUUCUGAUCAUGAAGCUCUUUCAGAGCAAAAUCGUUUAGAACAGCUGAUCACUCGUUACAAGAAUCUGAUACCAACAAUAGAGAUUACUAUGACGAAAACUGAUAUUUAUUCAAAGAGUUACACUUAUAGAAAGGAAGUUCGUGAAGUGUGCACUCUUUUGCACAAAGUCAAAGAUCAAUCUAAGAUAGAUGUAGUAGCAGAAAGUCCAGAAACCUUGAAGACCGCAGUCACUCAUCAAGAGAGCCGUCUUAGUCAGCUAGAACAACAGAGAUCAAAUAUCGUGAGCAUGCUACAACGUGGUAAGGAUCUUUUAAAAGAUCAACACGCUCCUCCAUUUGUGUCCUUGGAGGUACAGCAAUUAGAAUCCAGCUGGAAUGACACGUAUGGACAAAGCGUAGAGACUUUGAAGUCUCUGAAGAGUUCGCAAAAGUUGUGGAACACUUAUCUGCAGCAGAAAGAGGAGAUUUUGAAAUUGAUCGAACAAGCUGAAGAAGAAUUAAGAAAAAUCGAAUCGACUACUUAUUACGAUGCUUCACAAGUAUCAUCCGAUCUGCAGAGCAAACAAGAUUUCAGUUCCACUUUGAGAAAAUCUGCCGAGGAGUUGCUGAAAAAGUUGCAAGAGACGUAUAGCCAUUUGACAGAAGUCGCAGCACCGGAAAAGAAAGAAGUGUUGAAGAAAGAGAUCAUUCAUACCGAAAAGAGAAUGGAGACCACUCUGAAAACUGUCCAAGAGAAAGUGGUUUAUCUACAGGAGCACAGUACCAGAUGGAAUAAAUUCCAAACAAAAUUGAAUGAAUUGCAAUUGUGGACUCAACAGAGUGCUCCGCAAUCAAUUGCAGAUACUGAGAAUUUAGCAACAACUCCUGAAGAGAUGGUCUAUAGAACUGAGAGUUUACAGAAGGAAAUUAUAGAAAGAACCAGAACAUUGAAAUUCCUCGAAGAAGAAUCUCAGAAACUCGUAAAAGGUGGUGUUGAUAGUCUUCCAGCCAAGCAGUUGCGCAGUGAUAUCAUAACACUCGAAAGAAGUAUCGAAACCCUUCAAAAGAGCAUCGUAGCUCAACGUCAAACAGCUGAACAAAAUUUACAAACCUGGAAGGAAUACGAGAAAGGUAUUCAAGAGCUAAAACCUUGGAUCGAAGAAGCAGAAUCAAAAGCAGCUACUAUAGGCAGCAAACCAACCACUCUAGCUCAGGCAGCUCACAUGUUGGAAACAGCCAGAGCAUUUGAAAUACGAUGCCAACAACAUUUUCCUCAGAUUCAAGAUCUAUCUUUGAUUAGUCAACGAAUAACAGGAAAGACAUCAGCUUCCGACGAAGUGGAUGCCGUUCAUACUCGUUGGAACGCUGUGCACGACAUAGCAGUUCAAACGACUACGAAAUUGGACAAGUUGGUUACUUCGUGGAACAGCUUCGAAUCUGAGAUAAAAGAAUUCAACGAGUGGUUGGAAAGAUCCGAGAGAACGGUGCUCGUGGAACCAAACGCCGAGACACCCGAAAUAUCAGUGCUGGAAAAGGAAUUGGCACGAUUGAAGGAUUUCAACAAGACUAUAUCUGAUCAUCAGGCGCAAUUGAUAUCGCUGACCCAGGUUUCUGAUCACAUCAGCCACGGAUUAUCUUUGGAAGGAGCAACUAAUUUGAAGGCUCGAGUCUCGGACAUUAAAGCCAGAGUCAGCAAGCUGGCCGACACGGUCAGAUUGCAGAUCAACCGUGUGUCCGACUCGUUGUUAGCUCGCCAAGAAUUUCAAAUGAAAAUCACCGAUUUCGAGAACUGGAUGUCGCGAUUGAGAUCCAAUAUCGCUGAGAUCAGCGAUGCCACUGUCGAUACGGUUGAUACGAAUCUUCAAGCCGUGCACGCAUAUAUCCAAGAACAUUCUGAAAAGCAGCCAAGCUUGGAAGCUAUCUGUCAAGAGGUGAAGGAUAUAUGUCCCAAAGGAUCUAUGCAGGCGACAGUUGCCUUGGUUGAUACUUAUACCAAUCUGGAGAAAAAGUACAAGGCUCUGGGAGAUGAUUUGCAACAGAAAAAGAAAGGAUUGGAGAAGUGGAUAGAGCUAUUGAGUUGGUUGAACGAUGCCAACGCUCAAUUGAGCCAUUGUAAGUACGAAGCUGAAGCUAGAAAGCCUACCAUUGCUGAUUUGGAGAGAUUUUCGUCCGAAUUACGGACUAUUUAUGACAAGAUUGAAACGUGGAAACAACAUGUUUUGCCUGACAGUGCUAUUGGAAUACAAAUUAGGGACAAACAGGGAAAACCUCUUUCCGCGUCAGGUUUGUUGAUCGACUUGGAGAACAAGGCAUUGUCUCUGCAAAAUGAGAUAUCAGCGAAACGCGAUAGACUGGAAAAUCUUGGUGCCAGAUGGAACAAUUUCAGAACAUUGCAGCAAACGAUCACUGAGAAGAUAUUGAAUACGCAAACUGCUCUUCAAGAGACGGUUUACAACGUUGACUCAUGCAAACAAUUAGCUCCUGCUGUAGAAAAGAUCGAUCAAUUAAUCGAAGAACAUCAGAAGAGGGAACAGGAGAAAGAGAUCCUCCACUUUGAAGGUAGUUCCUUGAUGAAAGAGGAUCAAAGAUCGACGACCAAUAUUCAAGUAGUUCUAUCCUCUGUCGAUGCUAAUUGGGAGAAGGUGAAUGAACUUCUUCGAGAACAGAGAAAAAAAUAUGCUGAUAUGAAUACAGACUGGAAGGAUUACGAAGAAGCCAGACAAAAAGUGGAGAAAUCUAUCAAAGAUGCAAUUAAUUUGUGUCAAUCGGUGAAAGGAAUAUCUUAUGAUAUCACUCAAGCGAAUAUUACUUUAGAAAAGCAUAAGAAAGCUUUGGAUGCGCUGAAGAAAGGCAGACAUUUCUUGGAUAAAAUGGAUUCGAAGGCACAACAAUUGACGAAAGAAGCAUCCCUCAUGCCUAGAUUCAAUUCUGAAUUAAUCGAAAAUGAUUUGACAGAAGUUCGACAACGAUACCAAGAUACUUACAACGAUAUCAGUGAGAAAUUGCAAGCCUAUGAGACUCAGGUGAUCAUUUGGAAACAGAUAGAAGAAUCGAAGUCUGAACUCAUCAAAUGGCUCACUAAUACAAACGAAGCGUUGACUACUGCGUUUGAACGUUUAAUGGAUGCUGAGAAUUGCCAAGUAAGAUUGAUAAGAUACAGAGAGGAGUUGCCUGGUUAUCAGCAAGUGUAUCAAAAUAUCGUGACGAAAAUAGAACAACUUGUAAAAUUGAACAACAAUUCUGACAUUCCUACUCUGAAUUCCUUGCAUCAGUUAUUAGACGACCAAUUCAAUGUGGUUAAAACUUCAGCAGAAAAAUUAGAAUCUUUAACAUCUACUUUGAACGAGAGAGAAAGGACAAUUAGACAGGAAAUGAAGCGAUGUGGUGAUUUGAUCUCGAAAAUCAGAGAAGAUAUAAUCAAGUGUGACGAUUUGACUGGUGAGAACACCAAGAUUCUUGGUCGUAUCAACAAAUGUCAGGAGCUGAAAACAGAAUUAGAGCAAUGUGACUAUACUUUGUCCAAAGUUGAAGAAACAUUGACGAAAAUUUCUACAGAGUAUCCUAGUAUCUCCAGAUCGAGUUUGCCAAAGGAAUUGCAAGCGCUUCAGCUUCGAAGAGACGGCGUGGCCAAUCAUGCUAACAAAGUGAUAGCAACACUGGUAGCAUUCUUGACUAAAUUAUAUCACGAAAAAUUCGGAGCUCUUCAACGUAUGGUUGUGACGCUCAAAGAGAAAGUAGCUUGGUGUGAGCCUGAGCAGAGCAGUGAUCGUUACAACUUGGAGGUAAAAAUGGCUUCGUUGAUGGACGUAGAAAUUGGAAUCGCCGAUUGCAUAGCUAGAAAAGAGGACACUGACAACUCCUUAAAGCUUCUAGCAUCCGUAGAAAGUGCCGAAACUAUGGCCGCCUUGAAGUCAGAUCGUGACAAAGUUGAAGUCGACUUGGAAUCAUUGAAGAGCAGCUACAAUAAAAUCAAGAACGAUCUCGAACGAAAUAUCGCUCUGUGGCAACGUUACGAACUUACUUCCGAGAAUGUGUUGUCCUGGCUGAAGGAGAAUGAGAAUAAAAUCAGAGCAGAGGCUUCCGCGUUGCUCAAUUUGGAUGAUAUCGAGCAGAAAAUCGCAGAGAUGACCGAAAUGCAGAAAAGUGUGAUGGAAUAUCAAAGCGAACUGAAAGAUUUGACUGUUUUGGCCGAAGAUAUCACCAGGGUUAGCUCCGAAUCAAGAGUAAAUCAAUACAUCAGUCACUUGAACACGCGUUACGAUUACGUGUUAAAGUUUUUGGCUCAACAUUUGGACAGACUUCGAGAAUUGAAGGAGAACAGAGAUCAAUAUGUGGCUAACAAGAAGAAACUCGAAGCUUGGAUCGAGAAUGCGGAGAAAACAUUGAAAGCCUACGAUGAAAUCACUGGUCCAAAACCUAUAACUUUCUACCAAUCACGUUUGAAAGAGUUAAAAGCAUUUGCCGAGGAACGAGAAGUUGGACAAGCUAUAUUGAACAAGACAGCGGAAGCUGGCGAAGCUUUGUUUGCUAGAAUUACACCAGAUCAGAGAGAAAUGAUAAGGACGGAAUUAAGAAACUUCCGUAAUCGUGUGGAUGCAAUGGCGGAUCGUUCUAACGUGAUUUAUAAAAAAAUAGAGAGCGAUAUGAUGCACAGAUCUUCCUUCGAAGACAAAUUCUCUCAAGUGAAACAGUGGCUAGCAGAUGCUCAAAAUAAAUUAGGAGAAAAGCAAGAUUUACUGCCAACGUUACAAGAAAAGAAGCUAGCUCUUCAUUUGUAUAGAGCUGUGGCACAGGACGUUACUGUUCACAAGAAUAUUCUUCAACAACUUCAAGAUAGAUUAAGUACAGCACCAGACGAUGAUGCGAGCGAAAUGUUAGGCAACGUGAUCGAGGCUUAUGAGAAACUGUCCAACGAGGUCGAAGGGCGAAUUAAUAUAGCGGAGAAACACGUUUCGAAUCACGAGGCUUAUCUUCAAACGUUUGAGAAGACUCGAGAUUGGAUCAACACGGUGAUCAACGAAGGAACGCCGAUAGUCGAGGAUUUUUCAGUGGAACGAGAAACAGCGCAGAGUAAAAUCACCACCAUCGAGAAUCUUUUGCAACAGAAAGCGGAAGGGGACCGAAUCUUGGCUGAUUGUAACCAGCAAUUGAAUAUUGUCUUGGAACAAACUUCUAUGCCAGGUCAUCCAGCUUUGUUGUCCAAUUUUGAGCAACAAAAGAAAAUGUGGGAAGAUUUCUUGAAGCGAUGCGUGGCAGCUAGAGACAAGUUGAAACAUAUGUUCAAUCAAUGGUCCGAAUUUGAGAAGAUCGUAGAAGGUUUGGAGGCUUGGAUCAAGCAGAUGGAGACCCAGUUGAAGGAUCAAAGUUUGAAGAGUACGGAAGAAGCAAAGAGAGCUCAUUUGCAGAAGUUGAAGUCCUUGGAAGAAAGUAUCAUCGCGAAAGGAGCUGAAUUUAAUGCCGCCAUUGAGAAGAGCCAGAGCAUCGAAGCUGAGGCAGACUUAGUCACAAGAGUCUCGAGACAAACCACUAAAUAUCAGGCUAUUAAAAAUCAAAUAAAGGAAGCUGUAAUGCGAUACGAACAAUUUGUGAAAGAGCACAAUACUUUCAACGUGAAAUAUAACCAAUUAUUGCAAUGGAUCACGGAUAUUAAAUCGGAAUUGAAGAAACACAGUGAGAUCGUGGGCGAUCUAUCCGUAUUGCAGAGCAGACAGAAGCUCAUUCGAGACUUGGGCGAUACUAGAACGAAGGAGAACGCUAGAUUCGAAUCUGUUAUAGAUCUUGGAGAGAAAUUAUACGUUCAUACGUCGCCUGACGGUAGAGAAAUCAUCAGACAACAAUUGAGAAAUUUGAGAACCUUGUGGGAUGGAUUCACCGAAGAUCUACAGAACACUAUGCAAAAAUUAGACCAAUGUCUGAUGCAAUUCGCCGAAUUCUCUUUAUCUCACGAGCAAUUGACAGCUUGGCUUCGAGACGUGGAACGCGCGAUGCAUCAACACACAGAAUUGAAAUGUACUUUGGAGGAGAAACGAGCACAGUUGCAGAAUCACAAAAUUAUGCAUCAAGAAAUCAUGUCUCAUCAAUCUUUGGUAGAGUCUGUUUGCGACAAGGCGCAACAGUUGGUAGAUCAAACCAAGGAUACUUCUUUGAACGUCUUUCUACCAUCUAUCAAGCAAUUGUUCCACAACAUUGUGGCAAAAUCGAAGGAUUUGUUAGAAAACUUGGAUGAUUGCGUAGAGAAGCAUCAUAGAUUUAAUUUGCAAGUGAAAAGCUUUUCUGAUUGGUUGAACGGCGAGAAGGAUAAGCUUGCUGAGUGCAACGAUAUGACUGGAGAAAGAACGGAUAUUUGCAGAAGACUUGCCACUUUGGCCAUAUUGAAGGAUGAUCAGAUGCAGGGUGCUGAGCAGCUUGGAAAAUUAAAGGAACUUAGCGACACGGUUAUUAAGAGAACCGCACCGAAAGGAUGGGAUGCUAUUAAUAAGGAGAUCACUAUUUUGGAAGGCAAUCUUCGUCAAUAUCUAAGUGAAAUAGAAUCAGUGGAAGAUAAGCAAAAAACAGCCCUGCAGAAAUGGCAAGACUUCGAAGAUAAAUUGGAAACGCACACAAAAUGGUUCUCAACGAUGGAAGCUGCAUUCAGAGACCAACAGUUGCAGCCUACUUUGCAAGACAAGGAAGCUCGUUUGCAAGCAUUGAAAGAGAAACGUGAUGCCAUAUUAAAGGAAGAAUCGAAGAUAGACGAGUUCAUUGAUAAGUCUCAUAGUUUGCUUCAUGCAAGUGGGGUUGAGCGUAUCAAGCCUUUGAUCUCCCAAAUAAGCAAUAGAUAUCAGUUAUUGCACGUGCUUAGUAAAGAAGUAGUGACUAGAUGUCAGAGUGUUGUGGACGAUCAUAGAACGUAUGAAGAGAAAUUAAAGGUCGUAGAUGCUUGGCUGACUCAAUUAGAACAGAGUUUAGCCAGUUUGAAGAAAGACGAGACAGGUGGAAAUCUGGAAGAGAAAGUAUCUCGUCUGCAGAUAUUGUUGGCUGAAAAGGAACAAGGUGAACACAGAUUGGGAAGUUUGAUAUCGUUUGGAGAAAGGAUUCUUGCUGAUACGUCGGCUCAAGGAAGAGAAAUUAUUCGCCAUGAGUUGAGACAAGCUCGAGAACGAUGGGAUAAACUUGUGGAAGGUAUAGCCGAGCAACAGAAGAAACAAGAUGCUCAAUCUUUGCAAUGGACCAAUUAUCAAGAGACUCUGCAGCAAAUUUUGGCCUGGUUGGAUACUAUGGAAAGAUCGGUGAAACAGGACUCGACGAUCACUUGGUCUUCUCUUCAAGAAAUUAAAUCCAAAUUACUGAAAAGCAAGGGAAUGCAUCAAGAAAUUUUAGCUUAUAAACGUAUCAUUGAAGGCGUUUCAGAAAAAGCAAAUGCAUUAUCGUACACAUCUCAAGCACCAUCAGACGCUCAACAAAAAGCUGCUUCGGUUUCUGAAAGAUACGAGGAUUUGGUCGAAAUGUCACAGAAAAAUAUAUCCAAUUUGGAAACUCUUCUAGAUACUUUCCAGCAAUUCUACGAUCUACAAAAAUCUUAUCAAGAUUACCAGAAGCAACAAUGGGAACAAUUAGCUAACUACAGCGACUAUACUGGCAACAAAACUGCUUUGCAAAUUCAAUUGACUAAGAUCAUGGAGCUUCAAGAUGGCCAGAGGGAAGGAGAAUUGAAAUUAGACAUUCUCAGUGAACACGUAUCUCAGAGUGCUCAUAAUUUAUCACCCAGAUCAUUAGAAUCUAUGGAAAGAGACUUGGCUACGUUAAGAUUCGAGCACAAAAAGUUCGCCACAGCUGUAAACGAUAUUAUUCGAUGCAUCGAAGAGAGAAUUCAACAAUGGAGCGAAUACGAGAACUCUUUAGAACGUUUAUUAGCUUGGUUGACGGAUGCAGAAUCGUCUUUGAAGAAUUAUUCUCUGAAGAACACUCUCGAUGAGAAGCAAGAGCAACUUGAAAAGUAUCAGAUGUUGAUCGUGAAUCUACGGCAAAACGAGGCAGAAUUCGAUAAGAUGAGCGACGAAUCUUCCGAGCUGAUGCAGAUUAGCGGUGAAACAAGAUUUUCUGCUAGUGUUCAACAAAUCACCUCUCGGUUCCAAUCUAUUCAAGCAACUGCUAAAGAAUUAGUUAAAAAAUGUGAACAAGCAGUGGCGGAUCACGCAGCCUAUCUUGAACGUUACAAACAAUGUUCCGAAUGGCUGGCAAACACACGAACUACUUAUCAAUCAAUCAAGGAUGACUUCAGCGGUACUCGCCAAGAAUUAACUUCGAACGUGGCAACCCUAAAAGAUCUUCUAACCCGACAAUCUUCGGCAACUCUUUUGAUCAAUAAUACCGUCGAAGCUGGAGAACGUUUGUAUCCUACCACAGGCAUGGAAGGCAGAGAAAUCGUUCGCCAACAAUUAUUAGAUCUCCAACGAGCUUUCGAAGAGCUCUACGACAGCAUUGCCUCCACUGAACGAGAGUUGCAAUCGAAGAUAUCUCGUUGGUCCGGUUUCGACGAGUCCAACGAAUCGUUCGACAAGUGGCUAAGAACUGUUGAGACUCAAUUGAAACCAGAAAUCGAGUUGAAAACCACGUUGGACGAGAAACGAGCCCAAUUACAAAUUUAUCGUUCCUUUUUGCACGAUAUCCAAUCCCAUCAACAAGAUCUACUCGAUCUUCGAGACAAGGCUGACAAUUUGCCGGAUUCCACGGACAAGGUGCAUCUGACGCUGAAGAAAUUGAGCGAGAGACACGCAACCGUGUUGAAACGUGCGGCUGCUUUCGUCGAAAGAUACGAAGGCAUCGUUAGUGAUCAUCAACAGUACAGCAAGGCUGUUCUGGAUACCCACGAGUGGAUAGAUGCGACUCACAAUGCGGUUAUUCUUUGGGGUGACACGGAACUCGAACGUGUGUCUCUUCAUACUAAUCUGGACAGAUUGAGGAACUUAUUGCAGGGUUUACCAGAGGAUAAACCAAGAGUGCAACAGAUAAGAACACUAGGCGAGAAAGUGAUUCCAGGCACGUUGGAGUCUGGACAGAUAAAUAUUCGAUCUCAGAUCGAUUCCUCGCAGCAAGAGUGGGAAAGUCUGGUCACUGCGGUGAAGUCUACUAUAGAAACACUGGAGAAUAAGCUUCAACAAUGGAACGAGUUCGAAACAUCGAAGGAACGUUGUUUGGCUUGGAUGAGAGAAACUGACACCAAGCUUCAUGCGGUGGACUUGAAGGCUACCUUGCAGGAGAAGAAAGAUCAGUUGGAACUUUUGAGAACUCUUCAGGGACAGGUGCGUGCGAAAGAAUUGGAGAUAGACGCUGUUACCGAGAAGGCUCAACAGCUUCAUAAGAAUAUCACGUCUCGUACCACUCAUAUGUCGGAAUUGAGCAUCAAGUAUCAACAAAUAUCGAACAAAGUGAAAGACUUGAACAGUCGUUGGCAUCAAUAUGUGACCACUCAUCAGGAAUUCGAUAAUCAAGUGGCAGAAUGUACUAGAUGGUUAGACGACAUUAGGAAGAAAUUGGCCUAUUGCUCUGACUUAGGUGCAUCCUCUCAAAAAGAUUUGGAGAACAAGAUGGAGAUAGUGCAAGACUUAUUAUUGUACAAGGAAGAUGGAUUCGCCAAGGUACAAGGUAUUGUGGAAUUAGCUCAAGCAGUCUUGGCAAACACGGCUCCAACUGGACACAAAGCUAUCAACGAUGCUGUUGGAAAGCUGCAAGAGCAAUGGAGUGCUCUGGCCUCGAAGAUGUUGGAGACCAAAACUAAUUUGGAUGACUCCAUCAAUAAAUGGGCUGGCCUUUUAGAACAGAUACAAUCGAUGAACAAGACGGUGGACUACAUGCAGUCUGCUUUGAACGAGUUCAUGCCUUUCCAAACUACUAUGUCUGAGAAGAGAUGUCAACUGGAACGUAUCAAGGCUUUAGAAGAGAAAGUUCGAUGUGAGAACAUUGAAGUCGAUAGUCUGAAGAUCAAGGUCGCUGAGAUGAUCGCCAGUGGACCUCAAGGGUUAGCUGCAUCACAGGCACAGAGCAUUUUGAACAGAUUCGAUACGUUGUUUGAAAAAAUCAAGUCUUUGCUGACCGAACGUGAAGAACAGUACAAGGAUCAUAGAUUAUACAAGGAGGCGCACGAUGAUAUUAUUAAUUGGUUGAGUCGAGCUCGCGAGAAGAUUCCAUCUAUGAAGCAAAGACCUUUAAGCGAUAAAUUGGCUAUCGAAAAUGCUGUGGCUCCACUGGAGAGUUUGUUGAACAAGAAAGCUCAAGGAGAAUUGUUGGUGGAACAUCUUCAGCAUACUGGGAAGGUUGUAUGCGCGAGCACGAGUCCUCAAGGUCAGGAAAUUAUAAAGAACGAGGUGAAAGCUUUGACUCAGAGUUUCGAGGAACUUUUCAGAGAAAUCAAGCAACAAAAGGAUCAAUUAGAACAAACGGUGAGCCAAUGGCGCGAUUACAAGGACGAGUACGAAAGAUUAAGCGAUUGGUUGCAGCAAUUUGAUAUUCUCAUAAAGGCUCAAAAGAAUUCUCUAUUACCAAAUGUAGCUGAGAAGGAAAAACAGGUGCAAGAAGUGAAAGAGAUAUUGGAGAAUUUGCUGAAAGGACAGGAACAAAUCGACAAAUUCAACAAGACAGCGUCCAGUCUACUUUCGUCUCACUUGGACACCUACAUAAAUAACCAGCUUCGACACUUAAACUCGCGUUAUCAGGUUCAAGUGAAUCUUGCCAAAGAUGUCCUCAACAAAGUCGAAACCAAUCUAGCUCAGCACAAAGAAUACGAAGCUAAUUUGGAAAAGACACGUGCCUGGAUCGAGAACGCGAAACAGAUUAUUCGAAAGGGGACAGAAGCAGCGUCGACUAGCAGCAGAGAAGAAUUGCAGAACAGAUUGGACAAUAUCCAAGAGUUGUUGAGGAAACGGGAAGAGGGUCAGAACUUGGUCCAUCUGACGGUGAAUUGUGGCGAGAAAGUGAUGAGAAACACUCGGUCGGACGGGCGAGAAGAGAUCAAUGCUCAAUUGAAAGAGAUCCAAAAUGAUUGGGAGAGAUUGGUGAAGAAGAUCUCGACGACGAAAGUGCGUUUGGAAACGAGUCUUCUUCAAUGGGCUGAUUACAGCUCGUCUUAUCUGCAGUUGCAGCAAUGGAUCAACGAUAGAGAAGCUAAAUUGCAACAAGUCUGCGAACAGAAGGUAUCUAAGGCUAGAAAGGGUCUGGCUGGAUUGAGUUCCUUGGCUAUCGGAGAAAGGAAGGCGAAUCUCAGGCAAACGAACAGCAUCGUUCAAGAUAUAGUGGCGUUCGAACCGAUGAUUCAAUCGGUUACAACGAAGGCCGAGGAUCUUCGACAGGCCACACCAGCCACGGAAAUUUCAAUCAAAUAUGAAACAUUGAGUAAACAAGCUCAGGAAUUGUAUGCCAAACAGAAGGAGACUGUAGAGCAACAUCAAGCGUUUAUAGACAGUGGAAAUGAAUUUAUACAGUGGAUAAGAGCUGCCAAGGAGAGGCUUGGUAAAUGUUCCGAGCCUACUGGAGAUAAGGAAUCGUUGGCGAACAAGAUCACUCAAUUGAAGGUACUGCAAAGUGAGCUGCCAGAGGGUCAGAAGAAAUUGCAACACGCCUUGGAGCAAGGAAACGCGGCAUGCCAGAUCGCGGAUGAGGAGGACAAAGAGAUUAUUGAAGAGGAAGUGGCGUUGUUGCAAGAAGAGUACGAUAGUUAUGUAGACUCCCUGAACAACACCAAGAGUUUGUUGGAGGUAGGAAUAGUGAAAUGGACGGAGUACGAAGAUCAAUUCUCGGAAGCUACCGAAUGGCUCACGCAGACGGAACAGUUGGUGCAAUCGUUCAAUAAACUUCAGGAUAGUUUGGAAGAGAAGAAGAAUGUUCUCGAACAGUUCCAGAUCCAUUUACAAACUUUGUUCGACUGGCAGAAGGAAUUAGAUCGAUUGAAUAUGAAGGCUCAGAUGUUACUGGAAACUUGUGCGGAUACUAGAAUUUCUAACGCUAUUACUCAAUUGACGACCAAGUAUAAUGCUCUUCUAUCUUUGGCCAAAGAAAUAAUGAGACGUCUCGAGUUACAUUAUCAGGAACAUCAACAACAUAAUACGUUGUAUCAAGAAUGUCAAGAUUGGAUAGAACGAACACGUGACAAAUUGAGCGAGUGUAAGGAACUUCCAAGCACCUUAACCGAAGUGAACAAUAAAUUGCACACUUGCAAAGCCAUCAGACAAACACUGGAACAAGGCCAGAACAAGUUGCGUUAUGCUCUCGAACUGAAAGAAAAAGUGAUCAUGAACACGGAACAGAAUGGCGCCGCAAAGAUUCAAGAGGAUACAGAGAAUCUGAAGACGGAGUUUGAGAGAUUAUUGGUGAACGUGGAAGACAUAAGACAGAAGCUUUCAGCUAGAGCAAGCGCAUUGGAGGAAUUGAACAAAAUUCAUCGAUUGACUACAGAUUGGAUCGAAGAGAUCGAGGGUAAAAUUCAACCAGGUGAAAUGUACAAGAACGAUCUGAGCGAAAAACGAGCGGUAUUGGAGAAGUAUAAAACAGUUCAGAGAGAUAUUCAAGGUCAUGGUGAAACUGUAGAUCGAUUGAAAGCUCGUUUGGCUGAAGAUUCCAGUAUACCUAUUGGUCCUUAUCAAUCCACUAUUGCCAAGUACGAUGAAUUGACCAAAUUGAUCGCUGAAAAGAUUAAGAAUUUGGAAGAGCAAGUGAACGAUCACGAAAAGUUCCAACAAGCUCACAACGAAGCAGCGGACUGGGUUCGUCAUACAAAGCUGGAACUUCAACAAAACUGCGACACUCAUGGGGAGAAGGAGCGAAUCAUCGAACGAGAGAACAAAGUGAACCAGAUCAUAGCUUCCCUUUCCAAAGGAGAGAGUUUGAUCUCGAAGGUUAUCCAACUCAGCGAUGGUGUAAUCGCUAGUACAGGUCCAGAAGGUCAGGAAACCAUCAAACAGGAUAUGAAACAACUGCAAGCAAAUUGGAAAUCUCUACAAUCUCAGUGUCACGAGUCCCAGAAGACUUUGUCCAAUUGUAUCGCCAGUUGGUCUCAAUUUACAACUGCUUUAGACAGUAUGAAGAGAUGGAUAGAUCAUUUCCAGAAGAAGGUGAACGACGAACAAUCGAAAGAGAACAAAACUCCGGAGGACUUGGUCCGAUGCAAAAGUCUCGUGGAGGAAGCUAUCCAACAGAAACCAGUUUUGGAAGAUCUGAACGACAAAUGCGAGGCCUUGCUGGAGCUGAGCGCUUGCAGCUGGGCUCGUGACAAGACUGUGCAAUUGCAAUCUGCUUACACGUCUCUGUUGACCGAUAUGCAAGGUCUUGUUUCUCGGGUGGAGAAGAAUCUGUCCGAUCAUACCGAGUUCCUGAAGGCGAAGAAGGAAAUGGAAGAUUGGUUGCGCAUUGCUCGAGGCUCGGUACAAGAUUGUAUGGGCGUUGGAGAUGCUGAAUGGGCUAAGGAUAAAUUGGAAACUAUCAAGAUCGUAGCAACAAGAAUUACCGAGGGUCAACAUUUAUUGUCAACAUUGCAAACUGCCUUCACGAAAGCCAUAGACACAGCUGUACCAGAGCAACAGGAUCAACUGAGAUCAGACAUGGCGGGACUUCUUUCCAGCUGGGAACAGCUCAGCAUCGAUUUGAACACCGUUCAAGCUCAACUUAAAUCCCUGUUGCAUCGCUGGGACGAUCAUUCAGAAGCUCAUGGAAAAUUGAAACGAUGGUUGGAAGAAACGGAGAAUAGUAUGCAAGAUCUUCCAGACACGAAAGGAGAAUUCGGCGAUAUGAAGACCAUGCUUGAACGUUAUAAGCACAUCCAGGAGGAAGUACGCGGCAAGAAGACCGAGUUGGAUCAUUUAACGGACGAAGCUAGCGAAUUGUCGAAAUUGGCGAAGAAAAACACGCCUCUGGAACGAACGAAGGAACUGUUGAAACGAUGGGAGAAUUUGAGCGAAAACGUCGACGAGAGGAAGAGGUUGAUCGAGAACGAGAUGCAAGAAUACAACGCGUAUCACGCAGCCUUGCAAGAGACGGAGAAGUGGCUGUUGCAAAUAUCUUUCCAAUUAAUGGCUCACAAUUCUCUCUACAUCACGAACAAGGAACAAACGGUGUCGCAAAUUCAGCAGCAUGAAAACUUGCUCGCGGAAAUCGAGAAUUACACGAGUGUCUUGAACGAUUUAAAGUUGAAAGGGAAUGGACAGAUCACUCGAUACGUCGCUGUCAAUCCCGAAAUUAAAACGAUCAUCGAAACGCAAUUGCAAAAUGUUCAAGAGAGCUACAACUCCUUGUUGAACACGGCAUUGCAAAUAAAGAAACGAUUGGCGGAAUCGUUGGUCAAAUUCCAGGAGUACGAGAACACUCUGGAGAGUAUUAUGAAGAAUUUGGACGCCUACGAACCGGAAAUCGCUCAAGAAAUGGAAGCGCCGUUGGAUACUCUCGACGCAGCGAAACAGAGAUUCGAAAAUGCUCGCACGUUGCACAAUAAAUUGCAAGGGGAGAAGACAAGGCUUGCUCUGGCUGUGGAGGCUUGCGAGGCUGCGGUGGCAUGUGUCUCCAGACCCGGAAGUCCUCUGGAUGCGCCGCCUGUGCAGAUUCCGGCUAGGGAAGUCGAAGUGAGAAACAAAUUGGAGGAAUUGAUCGAUCAGGCGCAGGGACACUUGAUGAACGUAACCAAGGCUCUAAACGAGUUGGAAGAGCAAACCCGACAGAAGAACGUUCUCCGUGCGUGGAUAAACCAGCAAAGGGCUCUGUGCGCCGAAUGGAAGUCCCGUCCAGCGAAAUUGAGAUCCGAAGCAGCUCUUGCCGAAUUGCAAGCUAUGAACGAUCUGCUUGGAAACGUCGGAGAACGUCGAACUCACGCAUUGACAGAGCUGUCUCUUCACGAGGACGAUCAGGAUAUCGAGGAGGGAUUGAACAAAUUGGAGGCAGAGUUGACGGAUGCCAUCGCUGGGAAACAAGCGGCGCAGGAUCUGAUUCAGAAGUAUAGGACACAGGUGCAGAACAUGCAAUCGUGGUUGGACACGUUGUCCAAAAAGGUGGACGUUAUCGAGAAAGGGAACGGGCAGACGAUUGGACAGAAGAUAGCUAGCGUGAAAGAGAUCACGACCGAGUUUGAGUCCCAAGGGCCCGGAAAAUUGAACGAGGUGAAGACUUUGAGCGAUCAGGUGAUGGAUUCGGUGAGCAAUCUGGAUUCCCAGCAAAUAGAAGAGCAAAUUAAAUCGGUGGAGAGACGAUACGCUGAUAUAGGGAAGAAACUGCAGAGGAAGGCGCAAGUGUUGGACAUGACUGCCCAAGGUAUUGAAGCUACGAGGCAGGAGAUCGAAGAGAAUAGAGAUUGGAUUCAGCAAAAGAAGAAGCAAGCUCAGAUGUCCGAGCCUGUUGGAUUUGACAGCAAGCAGGCAGAAGAAAGGCUUCUUGCUUUGAAGGCGAUGUUGAAGGAAGCAGAGGGAAAACAAAUGGUGAUCGAUACGUUGGAGAAACGAGUAGGAAACAUGCAGAACGAAUUAGAGUCGAACGAGCAGCAACAAUUGGAAAAUGAAACGAAAGCUCUACGUGGUGAACAAUCCCAACUUUGCACGAUUUUGACAGAGGGAAUCUCGAGUGCCACGGCUGCGGCUGAUGCCCGUCGUAAGUUCGAGGCUGAUCUCGAACGAGCACGAAGCUGGAUCAAAUCGAAGAGCAACAAUUUGAAGAAAUUGAGUGGUUAUCUCCCUCUAAAGGCGUCGAAGGUCGAGCAAGAUAUCGUGCAACACGGUGAAUUGGAAACUGAUAUCGAUUCGUUCAGCGAGAAAGACCUGAACGACAUUUUGAAACAAGGAAACAAUUUGCUGAAGGAGUGCAGCGAAGAGGAUCGUGCCAGAUUGAAUAAGAUCUUGGAUGAAUUGAACAAAGACUACGAGGAGCUGAAAAGCGAGGCACAAGAGAAACAAGCUGCGUUGGCGGAUCUUCUUCAAGGGCGAAAGGCUUUCGAGAGUGAAAUAGACAAGUGCCAGAGAUGGAUCAAUGAAGCUGAAGUUGCUACAUCUUCGGAUCUGAGAACUUCCAGUAUUGACAUUCUAAGAGAGCAACUGGCUAAGUACGAUCGUUUGAAGAAAGAGGCGAAGGAGUACGCAGACGAUAUCGAGAAAUUAAUGCAACAAGGAAAAUCGAUUCUUCCAACCGUGACCGAUGCCGAUAAGCUCGAAUUAAACGAACAAUUGCAAAACAUGAAGGAAGCUCACGGUAGAGUUGCUGGAAUAAUAAAUGAAAGAGCCCUCGCCCUUCAAAAGAGCAUCGACGAAGCCGAAGAAUCAUUGGCACGAGUAGCUGAAGCCAUUCAAUACAUGACAGACGUUCAGAAAGAACUUCACGAGCUUAACAAACCCAUUGGUUCACGCGUAGAAGACGUCGAGGCUAUGCUGGAUGCAUACGAGAGAAUAUUGAACGAUUUGAAGGCGAACAAGGCGAAAUUGUCCGACUUACAGUCGAUCAACGUGGCCGAUCUUCAUGGGGUAUUAACUCAGCAGGAUGAUCUCAUGAAAGCUAUAGAGUCCCAAAUUGCGAAACUUCGCCAGUUACUUUUGUUACGUCAACAAUUCAUCGCUUUGAUCACAGAGAUAACUACUUUCAUAGCUAAAUAUACGGAGAUCGUUCGAGAUAUCGAGAAUUCUGGCCAAACGACGGAGGAAAAGAUCAAAAGGUACGACGAUGCAAUUCUGAAGAUUCAAGAAUGCGAAGCUACCCUCGCCAGUGCAACGGACAAGGGUCAACAAAUCGCAGCAGAAGGCUCAACUGUGGAUAGAAACAAUAUAACGGAACAACUGCAAUCUCUGAAACAACAAUUACAAGGACUAAGAAGAGCUGUGGAAACUCAAAGGGAGCAGCACGAAUUGGCAGCAGCGGAACACAAGAGAUUGGCGAACGAAUUGGCUGAGAUUCUCGAUUGGUUGGAGGACAAAGAGAAAGAAGUGAAAUCUAGACCUCUUCUGGAAAGAGAUCCAAUCAGUGUGGAAGCAGAAUUGCAAAAACAUAACGAGCUCUGCGAUGCAGUCAACGAACAUCUCGAUAGAAUCAGAAAUUUGAAGAAUUCUGUUCCCCACGAAGAAGGAAUGCCUGGUUCGUUGAAGGAAAUGCUGAGCGAGGCUGUCUCUCUGUUGACCUCUUUGCCCAGAGAAAUGGAGGAACGUGGAAAUUAUUUGGAGAGCAACAUGAAGCUGAGACAAGAGUAUGCUGCUCUUACCGAGAAACUUCGAAGUUGGGUUCGAGAGGCAGAGAUUCGAUUGGAAAGUGACAAGGAUGGACUCGAUUUCGAGAACAUCCUGAGCGAUCUCGAGGAGCACAAGAUCUACUUCAGCAGCGAGCCGUCCAUUCGCGAAUUGGUGUCUCAGCAAAUUCAGCAAGCCGGUGACAAAAUUUGGCCUUCGUUGAACACGUCCGAGCAGGAGGAGUUAAGCGCGGAACAACAGCAGCACACCCAAUUAUUGAAAAACACGUUGAACACGGCGAAAUCUCAACGUGCCAGGUUGGAACAAGGCGCUGAAACGUGGAAGGAUUACACGCAAACCUUGGAACGAGUCCGAGCUGUGAUAGCGAGGAGCAGAUUCACCGACGAGCCUGUCACGACUCUGGCUGGACUGCAAUUUAACAUCCAGAAGAUCACGCACGCGCUCAAUGACAUACAGAAUCAACAAUUCGAAUUGGAUCUAUUGAUCGAACGCAGUCAAGAAGUGCUUCGAUUGGCCGACGUUAAUAACAAGAAAACGAUAGAGGCGCAGAUUUCUGAGAUCAGUGCGGAAUGGAAAGAGUUGGUUUCCGGGUUGGAAGGGCGAAGGGAUGCCCUCGAGGCAUUGUCGAAGCACUGGGAAGAUCUGGAGGCACAAUGGUCGCUUAUCGAGACUAAAGUGAAUGCUAUCGAGGAGAAGAGCAAACUUUUGGACACUGUGGUUCGUUCUAAGCAACAUUUGCACGACACCAUCAAAUCUCUACAUGAGUUGGUAACGGAAGCGGAGAAAUUGAAACCGAUGGCAGCGGAAGUGAAAGCUUUAUCAGGACCUGUUCUAGCAUAUCUGGCUGCCUUCACAGAGGCUCCAGCUCAUGCUCUCGAGGAAAAGCUGAAUAAAUUGCAGAAUUCCGUCGAAUCGCUCAUCGACACCCUGCAGACGAAAUCCAAGAAGGCGGACGAGGACUUGGAGGCGUUCGAAGGCACCGAGCGUGAGAUCGAUCAGCUGAGGAAGCAUCUGAACGAGGCGCGCGAACGCGUCUCUCAUUUGUACAUAUUCGGGCCGGAUCAGGACGCGACCGAGGAGGAGCUUGACGAGCUGCGUUGGGCUGUCGAGCAGCUCCUCGAGAGCGGGAAAAAGUUCUCAGGAAGCACUAAGGCGCGGUACCAAGCUAGCCAGCAGCUGGUCCCCAGCGAUCUUGCCCAACACCUGACCGCCCUCGAACUUUGCGCCGAGGCGACAGCGCAGGCCAUGGAAGAGAAACAGAGGGAGCAGAAGCGCGCGAGAACCGUCAGAUCGGAUUAUCUGACCGAUCUGGACGAGGUUCAAGCGUGGAUCAGGCAGGCCGAGUUGAAGGUUCAGGACAGAUCGAUCGAGCCUGUACCUCUCAAGGAUCAAUUGAGGCAGGUGCAAGAGGAGUUGGGCACGAUCAGCGACAAGCUCGAACGAUUAACGAGAAAUGGCCGUACAAUUGCGGAGAACACGAGGGACGACACGGAGAAACAAUUGAUCGACAGCACCGUUCACAACGUGACCGAACAAUUGAACCAAGUGAAGAAUUGGUUGGACGAGAGGAAACAAGUGGUGGCGGAUACCAUUGACGCUUGGCAGAGAUUCUUGUCGUUAUACGAGGCAGUGAGGACGUGGACCGAGGAGAAGAGACAAUUCUUGGUUGAGCCGUUGAAGCUCAGCACCCUCGUGCAGGCUAGGCAGAGGCUGCACGAAUAUUCGACAGCCGUGAAAAGCUGCAAACAGAUCAACAAGAAUCUCAGUGACAUGGGUAAGGAGCUCGAGAGUAUCGGUCAGGUUUGCAGCGUGGGCGACUUGCCCGAGAAACUGCUCGAAGCUGAAGAAGCUAAGGUUCAAGUCGAGGGUCAACUGUUGGAGAGGAACGCGCUGCUGCAAGAAACUAGCGAGGAAUGGGAGCAAUGCGAGCGAAAGAUGAAAGAAGUGAAAACGUGGAUCGAGAAAGCGAAACAGAGUCUCGAAUCGCCGCAGAACAAAAAGAAACCGUUACGGGAUCAGCACAGCAUACGGGAGAAAAUGCUGAGCGAUAUCGCGAUACAGAAAACGAAAAUCGGUAUAUCGAUGGAGAAGCUUCAGGUUCACUUCCGGUCGGGGAUCGGUGGCGAUAGCCGAAUCGGCGAAACGGUUGACGAGCUACUGGCCGAGUUAGACAAUCUUCACGCCAACGUGAAGGAACAGACCACAGCGUUGGAGGGUUGUUUAGCUCAGAUCGAUCAAUAUCAACAGGAGAUACAACAAUUGAGGCAACAGAUUAUGCAGGUAGAGCAACAAUUGAGGACAGUGCUGAGUCCGACAUACCUGUCCACCGACAAGGAGAAGGCGUUGCAGGAGCAACAGCAGAGCCUGCAGCAAAGGAUGGACGAUUGGAGGCAACGCGUCAAGACAUUGCUGGAUGAAAUAUACACCGUGGACCCGUACUAUGUACAAAGCAACGAGACAAGGUUCGUCAAUCAGGUCUCGUACGCGGACAUCGCCGCUGGUCGCACGAGCCCCAAUUCCAGGGGCUCUAGCCCCUUUAGAAACAACGAGGCUGCCCCUACACCUCUCUCGAUUCAAGUGCUUAGACCGACUGCUCAAUUCUCAAGAUCCGUGGAUAUCCAGAAACCCGUCGUUGAACCGGUUCGCGAUGAAACUCCGCCUAGCACCGCGAGAAUAGAAAGCAGAGGCAACGAGGAACGGGCGAGAAUCGAGGAGCAGAGCGAACAGAAGGAAUCCGAGAUGAGAAUCGAAAGCAGAAGACACGUUUCCAAGGUGGAUUCGAUGGAUUCUAGGACGAGGAGUCAGUCGAGGAGGGCUGGUUCGGUUAGAAAUGACAGCGAUGAGGCUGUGAGGGAAUCUAGGGAGAGAAAUUCGUCCGCGGAGAAUGAAAACGAGAUGGAGAUUUGUACAUCGAUGGAACAGAAAAAGGAAUCGUUGGUACUUAAGAAUACGUUGGCGCCUAAGGUUGAGAGGAGAGGAAGAUCGGCUAGUCCCAUUUGGGUGCCUGGAUCUACGUCCUACGCGGAUAUCCUUCGUGGAAAUAGACAAAGUUCUCGCAGUCCUUCGGUGGAGGCUGGCAAGGACGUUAAUAUGAUUGGUAGAGAAGUCAGCGAGACUGUGGUCGAAGAGUUGUCUGUGGAAACGGUUCAGAAUGAGAAGUUGGAGUUCAAUGUGCCGAGACUCGAAGUGGAGGAACAGACGGAAGUUCAGGAAGCUGUUGAGGAAGAGGCAAACGAAGAGAUAGAAGCAGUAGAGAGUUACCAGUCUGUUGAGGUAAUGGAUGAAGACGUGGCUGAAAUCGUAUCUUCUUCCGUGAAACCCGAGGAAUCGGCAGAGGCUCAAACCAGUUGGGCUGAUGAGAGCAUGGAGGAGUACGUUUUAUUGAAUGAGAAGAAUUACAAGAAUAUUGCGGGAGCACCGCAACAAGUACAAGAAGUGUACAACUAUAUUCAACCACCUCUUCGACCAGCGAUUCCAGAAUUGGUUGGAUUCAUUGGAUCUCAGGUAGCUUAUCCAGUAAGUUCUUACGUCUACAUGCCGGCUGCAUCCCCUCAGCAGAUGACUCUUCCUCAUUACACCGAGAGUCAGAUAGCAUUCCCGUCUGAACAGUACGUGGCACAACCUAGUUACAUCCCUGAGCCAGAGAUUUAUCAGCAGAAUCUGUUGCAGAAACAGAGACAACCGCAUCAAUCUAAAUACAAAAGUAAUCCAAAGAGCGCUCCAAUUAUUAUGCAAAAUGUGGAAGAGAAAUGUUUAUCUUGUCAGAUUCCUCAAGCUGUGGAUAUUCAACCUGUCGUACAACCUAUUGUCCAACCAAUACAGAUCGUUGAAGAGAAAUCUGUGGAACAAGAACAGCCUGUACAACAGCCUGUGGAACAACAGCCUGUGCAGCAAUCGAUGCAACAAUCAGUGGAACAAUUAGUAGAGCAACCAGUGGAACAACCUGUGCAACCUGUUUCCCCCGCAACACCAUCGGAAAGCACACCGGUGAAGACAAAAAUAAUCACCGAGAGCAAAACAUUCUCCUACGCUCAGAUCUUAUCACAGGGUCUCGCUCCUAAACCGUCAUCGGCCGUCAGUAGUUAUUCUCCACCAACGAGCGUUCCAUCGACGACAUUAGCCUCGAAACAGGUGAAAGAGCGUUCGUAUUCACCUGUGAAUUCGACAACGUCCUCCGUACACGAGACGAGUCCUCCUCAGGAGGCGAGUCAAACUCGAGAAUCGUCGGUAAGUAAACAGGAAAGCAAUUGGGACGUUACGAAGAAAAGAGAGACGAGGAAGACUCAUCAGGAGGCGCCGAAGACGAAGAUACCGGAAAAGAGAGCUAGAAGAGGGCCCGAAUACUCGAAAGAGAAACUUCAAAAGGAGAAAAUUAAGAUUAAUGUGGAGCAACAGAAACAGGUAUUCGAAACAAAAGAUGAAAUUGUUGUGGAAGAUACUUCUAAAAUAAAUGUGAAGAGUAACGAGGUUGAGAUUAAAAAGGAAAAAGUGGAAGAUGUUCGACCGGAAAAGAGAGUAGAUGUCGAAAAGACGAAAAAGAUGGAAGUACAAAAACAAGAUGAAAAGCAAGAGGUUCAGGAGGAGAAGCAUGAUGUUCAACAGAGGAGCAGAUCUCAGGAAAAGAAACGAAAGGGAAAGAAGAAGAAACCGGAGAAGUCGAUGGACGAUGAGAUAGACAAGGCUCUGAAAGAAAUUGAGGAUAUGGAUAAACAGAAAAAGAGGGAUAAAUCGAGGGAACAGACUAAGAUUAAGGAUACGAUUCAAACUGUUCAAACAGAAAAAUCUAAAGAAGAUAAUGAAAAGAAAGGCGUGAAGCCUGGUGAGAAAAAGAAACAAAAUAAAUCGAAGAUGGAGAAGGUUAGAGACGAAUCAGAAAUUGCAAUGAAUCAGACUAACGCGAAAGAACAAAUGAAAUCGAAGAAUGAUACGAAAGAAAGUAAAGAAGAGAAAAAUAUUGAGAAAAGAAAUGCAAAGGAUGAAGCUAAGAUUUUUAAGGAGAAAGUUGAAAGUCGAAAGAGCGAGUCGGAAAAAAGAUCUGAAAUUAAAAUUGAUUCAGGUAGCGAAUUGAGGAAAGUUGAGACGAAGGAAGAGAAAGCGCAGAAAGACUCUGCUAAUCUAUCGAAGAAAAAGCAAAAAGGUAAAGAACAGACUGGUACGGUAAAAGAUAAAUCUAAUAAAGAUAGUGUGAAAUCUACGAAAAUUGAAAAUGAAUCUGAAAUGAAAAAAGCGAUAUUUAUUGAAGAUAAAGCAGAAAUUCAAAAAGAAAAAGACAUUAAACUAGUUGAAAAUAUUGGAAAUUUAGAUCAAUCACAGAAACAAGAGGAUACGAAAUCUGUAAAACUUAUGAAAUCAGAAAAAAUAUCUGAAACAAAAAUUGAAUCGAAAGAGAAGGAAUCUGCGAAACCUAAAGAACAGGAUAAAUCGAAAAAGAAUAAAAAACAGAAACAAGGAACCGAGAAUGAGGUCUCAAAAGACCAGACACCUAAGAAACAGAACCAACAAAAAGAAGAAAAGAAAACAGAUCAAUCGAAACAGAAAAAAUCUGUAGAAAAAUCAGAGAUGAUAGAUAUUAAAUUGGAAGAAAAGGAAGAGAUUAAAGUAGAGGUUGAUGUGAAACCACCAAAAGAUGAAAAAGAGAAAAAGGUAACUGGAAAAGAGAAAGAAAAGAAAGCUGAAAGUAAAGAUCGCAAAAAGAAAGAUAUAAAACCAGAAGUAGCAAAAGAGAAAGAAGAACAGAAAGCUGUAAUAAAUCCAUUGAUUAGUGCGAUAGAAUCUGAUAAAAAAAUUGAAGAAAAAGAAGUUGAUAAUAAAGAUUCGAAGGAAAUUUCUACACCAAAGAAAGAAACGAAAAAGGCAGGUGAAGCAGAGAAACAGACAAAAACGAAAGGUGGAAAGAAAUCUAAAAAGGAAGCAGAUAUUAAUCAGAAACCUGCAACUGAGAUUAUCAAAAAAGAAGAGACGAUAGUCGCUGACAAACAAGUUAUUGAAGAAAAAAUUGAUGAAAAAAUUAUUAUAGAAGAAUCGAAAAAAGAACAUUUGAAACUUGAAUCAGUUGUAUCAAAUACAGAACUAUCAGAGAUGAAAAAACAUAAGAAAUCUAAAUCACCAAAAAGAGGAAAGAAAGAAGAAAGUUUAAAAUCUGUAGAACAAAAAGAAAAGACAGAUAAAAAAGAAAUGCAAGAGGAAACGAUAAAAUUAGAAGAAAUGAGCGAUAAAAUCGAUAAUACGAAAGAAAAAUCUAUAAAAGAAACAAAAGAAGAAGUUGUUAUCGAAGUUAAAGAGGAAAUUAGUGCAGUUCAGGUUGAAGAAAAGAAAGAAAAAGAUAUAAUCCUAACAGACAAAAUUGAGAUACAGUCUGCUAUUGAAAAAAUACCUGAAAAGAUUAUUGUUGAAGGAAGCAUGGAAACAUUUAUAAAAACUGUAGAAAUAGCAAAAGAAACUGAAAAAAUUGAAGUCAGUGAUACGAAAGAGAAAAAGGAAACACUUCCUCCUGAAAUUUCAAAAACAGAAGACCAACAACCAGAGCAAAAGAGUGAAAUGCCAAGUACACCAUCGAAGAGUAAAAAGUCAAGUAAAUCAAAGGAGAAACAUCCUAUCGAAAAAAUAGCUCCACUUUCUAUAGUUCAAGAGCCUAAACCAAGUACACCAAAGAGUCAACCAAGUACACCAAAAUCCGAUAAAAAGAAGAAAAAGAAACAAGAGAAUAAAGACAAAGAUAAUAUUGAAUCUCCACAAGCAAAACAAAAGACAAUUACAGAAAAACCUCUCAGUGACGCAAAACCAAUCGAAGAAUCCAUCGAAAUACCUGAUGUUGCUCCCGAAAAAUCUAUUUUUGAAGAGAAAGAAAUAACGACAUUGCAACCUGAAAUAAGUCCAAUAAUUGAGCCUGAAAAAGAUCAAAUUAUUGAAUCUAAUGAGUCAAAAUCUCUUUCGCAAGACCUGAUUGAAAAAUCAAGUACAGAAGAAAUUCCAUCUCUUUCAUUGACAGAAGAGAUUUCAAACGUCACAGAUACUGGUUCGCCAGUCGAAGAAUCAUCUUCGACGUCAUCGGGCAAAGCAUUAAUCAUCGAAAAAACGGUAACCACGGUGACGACCACGACCAGCAUACCGGGAUCUGUCGAAGUGAAGCCUCCGAACGUGAAAUCCGUGAAAUCCGUAGAGAUCUUAGAAAGCAUUCCCUUACCUAAGAUCGUAGGCUCCAAACCCACUGAAUUAAUCACCCUACGUCCUGAAACAGUAGAGGCUAGCCUAACAACCAGAUAUGCUAGGGUAUCGGAUGAAUCAGCUGUUGGUAUCCCCUCGAAAGAGUUUUUAGAUACGUUAGUGGACGAGUCGAAUUUCGAUUACGCGAAUUAUAUCAAUCUCAUCGAAGACGAUCAACCGAUUUUGUUCGGUAGCGUUCAGGAUAGGAGGAAAGAUCAUUCUGGGACUCCUUUGUCUGUAGAAAACGCGAAGGAAGAACGAGAGGUCGAUGAUUUAAAGGAGGGACAGGGUGUUGAUACGAAGAUUUCGCAAGAUACAUUGAGCGAAAUCGAGGGUAAGACUGAAAAGGGUGAAAUAAUGAUUAAAAAGGAAGUAAAUAUUCUUGGAGAAACUGAAAGUGAGAGAUUCAAAGAUUCGAGUGAGUUAGUGGUAGAGAAUGAGGAUAAAAGUGUGGAAGAGAAGCGAGAAACGAAUAAAACUAUGGAAGAGCUUCUUUUCACUGUUGGAAAGGAAGAAGAUGUGAAGAAUGCUGUGGAAGAAUUGUUAGAAGCUGAAAGAAAAGCUAUGGUAGUUGAACAAAAAAUUGUAGAUAUCGAAAAACAAGAAGCUGUUUCUGUUAAACUUGAAGAUAGUAAAUUUAAGUUGGAAGAAAUUGAAAAUAAAACAACUUUGAAUGAAGAAAAGAUUGGAGAUUUAGAAAAACCAAUUGAAGUUCCUGUUAAAACUGAAGAAGUUAGUAAAACAACUAUAGAAGAAAAGGUAGUAGAUUCUGAAAAAGGAGUAGAAGUUCCUGUUGAAAUUAAAUCUAUAACGAAAGAAGUUGAAAAUAAAAUAACUCUGCCUGAAGAAAAAAUUGCAGAAUUUGAGAAGCCAAUAGAAGUUCCUAUUAAAGUUAAUGAUGCUAAACUUCAAACAGAAGAAAUUAAAAUUGAAGAUAAAGUAGAUUCUGAAAAACAAGAAAGAAUUGAAAUUGAAGAUUCUAAGUCUAAAAUGAAAGGCAUUGAAAAUACAGAUCUACUUGAAGAAAAGCUAAUAGAUACUGAAAAACGAGAAGAUAUUUCUGUUAAGCUUGAAGAUAUUAAUUCUAAAUCGGAAGAAAUUGAAAAUAAGCCAACUCAGGAUGAAGAAAAAAUUAAAGAAGUUCCUAUUAAUAUUAAAGAUUCUAAAUUCAUAAUUGAAAAAAUAAAUAAUGAAACAAUUAUAAUUGAAGAAAAAGAUGAUCUUGAAGAAAAAAUAGAAAUUCCUAUUGAAAUUAAAUCCAUAACGAAAGAAGUUAAAGAUAAAACAGCUCUGUUUGAAGAAAAGGUUGUAGAAUCUGAAAAAUCAUUCAAAGAAGUUCCUGUUAAAAUUGAUUAUUCUAAACCCCAAGAAGAAAUUAAAGUUGGAGAAAAGGUAAUGGAGAAACAAGAAACAAUUGUAGAUGAAGAUUCUAAAUCUAAAAUGGAAAGCGUUGAAGAUAAAACAAUUCUUGAAGAAAAGAUCAUAGAAUCUGAGAAAUCAAUAGAAGUUCCUGUUAAGAUUAAAGAUUCUAAGAAAAUAGAAAAAGAAGUUCCUGUCGAAAUUAAAGAUUCUAAGUCAAAAAUAAAAGAUAUAAACCCAUAUUAUUUCACAGAUUUAGUCAAACCUUAUUGGUUCAAUUAUCGUCCUUAUAUUAAGGCAGAAAUUGAUUUCUAUAGGCAUUUCAAGAUAGUAAAAAUAUUAGAAGAAAAUGUACCUGCUCCUGUGUUACCAAGAUCAGAUAGUAUUGAAAGAAUUGUUCAGGAAUCAAUCAUGAAAAAACCUAAAGAAGAAGAAAAGAAAAUGGAAAGUGCAGAACAAUCUGAGACUGAAUACGCAAAACAUGCAUCUCAGGAAAUAAUUAAGGAAAAAUCUAAAGAAACAGAAAAGAAAACGGAAGAUACAAAGGAAUCUGAAACAGAAUACAGAAAGCAUGUACUUCAGGAAUCAAUUGAGGAAAAAUCUAAAGAAAUAGAAAAGAAAACAGAAGAUACAGAGGAAUCUGAAGCAGAAUAUCGAAAGUAUGCACUUAUUGGAGAAACCCUUAAAUAUCCUAUUAGUACGUUUUAUAAAUUAGAAUCUGAAUGGGUGAAAUCUAAGCUGAUUCAAGAAAAAGAGAUCACAUUUAUUCCUGUAGAAGAAUCUGAAUCAACAAAUGCUGAAAUUAACAAGGAAAUUAUUCAAAUUUAUGAAGAAGAAAAAUUACCAAUAGAAUUAAAAGAAUUAGAAGAGGUCAUGUCUACAUCUGUAGAAGAAUUGACAGAUAAAUUGACAGAUAUUGAAGUAAAAUCACCAAUAAAAUUAGAAGAAUUAGAAGAGAUCAUAUCCACUUCUGUAGAAGAAUCUAAACUGACAGAUGUUGAAGUAAAAUCACCAAUAAAAUUAGAAGAAUUAGAACUCAAAAAUGAAGAAGUCAUACUCUCUCCUGAAGAGGAGUCUAAAUCAAUAGAUAUUGAAAUUAAAAAGGAAAUUAUCGAAAUUUAUGAAGAAGAAAAGCCAGCAGUAAAAUUAGAAGAAGAUAAAAAGAUUAAUAUUGAGAAAGAUACUAUGAAAGUUAUCGAAGAAGUUACUACAGAAAUUAAAUCUACAGAUAGAAUUUUGGAUCAAACAGCAGCUCUUAUUGAAGACGUGACUAAAGAACUUAAUAUGAUAAAGAAAGAAGAAGAGCAAAAUAAAAUUAUAACAAUUGUAGAAGAAAGAAAGAAAGAAUCUGAAGCUGAGAAAAAAGAGCAAGUAUCCGAGAAAAAAUCAAAAACGGAAAAAUCAAAGAAAGAAAAGCAAUCAAAAGGUGAUAAAUCGAAGAAUAAGAAAAAGGAGAUUUCAUCAAUUAAAGAACAUGAAAUUGAGAAAAAAGAUACUGUUGAAACAGAAAUGACACAAAUUAUAGAACAACUUACAGAGAUUAAAAAAGAGGAAAUUAAAGAGGCUCCACUAUCGAUCAAAGAACUUGAAAUACUUGAGGAGAAAGAUACUACUGAAACAGCAGAAUUAUCACAGAUUAUGGAACAAUUUACUGCAGAAAUUAAGAAAAAAGAAAUUGAGGAGAUUUCAUUAUUACCCAAAGAAUCUGAAAUAAUUGAGAAAAAAGAUAUUGAUAUUGAAAAAGAUAUCGAAACUUCAGAAUUAACAAGAACGAUGGAAGAACUUAUUACUGCGAUAAAGGAAAUUUCAACAGAUGAAAUUAUUGAUCAAAAAGAAGAGAAGAAAAUGGAAAAAAAUAUUACUAUGGAAGAACUAUUAACCACAUCACAAUCAAAAAUGGAAGAAGAAGGAAAACCUGUGAUAAUAUCUCCAAAAGUAGAAAAAGUAGGAAAAGAAACGAAAUCAGAAAAAAGCAAAAAGAAACAGAGGAAACAAAACGAAAAGAAAGAAGAAAUUCCAGUUCUAGAGAAUCCAAUUGUAACUGAACAAGAAAAUAUAGACAAGAAAGUUGUUGAGAAGUCUAUUUCUGAAAAGAAGAAGACUUCUAAAGAAUCUAAGAAAAAAGAAGAAGUUAAAGAAGCAUCGAAAGAAGAAAAAAUUAUCACAGAAGAACUGAAAUCGUGUUCCUUAGAAAAAGACAUUGAUAUUAUAACUGAAAUAACAGAAACCGAAAAAUUAGUCAAUGGUAAAACAAUAGAGAUAAUAGAUUUAGAUGAAAUUCAAUCUUCAACAAAAGAAGAGAAAACUAAACCUAUAGAGAAAUCUAAAAAAGAAGAAACAAAAACAAAAUCUGGAAAACAGAAACAAUUCAAGGAGAAAGCUGAUAUUAAAGCUACCCCAGAUAAAGAACCAAAGAAACAAGAUAAACAGGAAAAUAGUUCUCCAGAUUCAAAGAAGAGACGUGAAGGAAAAUCUAAGAAAACAAACGACAUCCCAACAUCAAUGUCUCAAGAAAUUGUGAGUGAAAUUUCUCCAGAAGAGUUUAAAAAGGAAGAGAGUCAAAUAGAAAUAAAAGAAGUAUCACAAGAAGAAAUUCAGCCAUCGGUGUGUACCAAAUCAUGGGCAUCAAUUGUUAGCAUGAAAGGAAAUAUGGAAACAACUAAUAAUUCUACAGAUAUUUCGAAAGUAACAUCUGAAGAAUCAAUACCUGAAACUCCAAAAUUAGAAAAAAUAGAAAAAGUGGAAGAAAUUAUACCUGAAGAACCGCAGAGUCCACCAGCACAUCAAAAAUGGGUGAAACACCAAAAGAAAAAAGAUGUAAAACAAGAGAAGAAUGUUACUGAGAUAAAAGCCUCUUCUAUCAAUACUGAAAAUGAAGGAGAAAAAGAGAUAAUUAUUGAAGAAUCACAAGAAUUGAUUACAAAAGACUCGAACAAAUCUUAUGCUCAAGUGGCUGCUUCCAACAAAAGGACUUCUCCACAAUUUAAUCAAGAAGAUAUAAUAAUUACUAAACCGACUCCUAUUAAUCAAAACAUUGAGAAAAAAGAAAUUGCACAGGAAGAAGCACUAAUAAUCACAGAAAUUGAAAAUGUCAAAGAAGAAACGAUUAAAUCUGACGAAGAGGUAAUAAUGGAUAAAAAGUUUGAUGAAUUAGUUAUUGAAAAAGGUGUCUUUAAAAUGGAAUCAACUUCAUGGGUAGAAGAAAUCGAGAAAGAAGCAUUAGAAGAAGAAAUUGAUUUUAAAACUUCUAUUCAGGAUAUUGAAUCUCCGCAGAAAACGAAAGAUUCGUGGGCUACUAUAGUUGGAAAAUAUGUUGAACCACCAAAAAUUUCAUUACCUACAGUGAAAAAAGAGCAAACUAUCGAGCAAAAUUCGUAUCCUCAAGUACAAAUCCAUGUAGAACAAGCUCCAGAACCUGUACCCAUUGAAGAAGUAGUUCAAGUAGACGAACAAGGUUUCAUAGAAUUUUUAAAUCGAAAAGAAUUGCGAUCUAGACGAUCCAGAUCACGAUCCAGAAGUGCCAGACGAGAUGAUGCAAAGCAGUCGAGUGAUAAACCUAUAAUUCCUGAAGAAAUUUUAGCAGUAGAACAGAAAGAGGAAAAUGCAGAGAAAAUGGAAGAGCAAAAGAAAAAGGAGGCAAAAAAAGGAAAAGAAGAAAAAUCUAAGAAAGAUAAACGUAAGGCAAAGUCAAACAGUGCGGAUCGUAAUCAAAGUAUAACGAAAGAGGAACAAGAAAAAGAGAAAAGUAAGACAAAGACGAAUGAAAUCGAGGAAAAGAAAAUAGAGGAAGAAACGAUAGAAGAAUCAAUUGAGCAAGAUAUAGAAAAAACCAUCCAAUCAAAAAAGAAAGGUAAAGGCAAAUCGAAAAUAAAAGAAGCUGAAAAAGAAAAAAAUAAAGAAGAAAUUGUUGUUGAAAAAGUUGAGAAAAAGCUUGAAGAAAAGAUAGAAAUAAAGAAAGAAAAAGAAGAAUUGCAGACUAUUGAGUUUGAAGUUCCAGAGGCAGAUAAAAUAAUGGAAGUAAAUACACAAAAUAAGAUUGCAGAAAAAUCGAAAGUAGAAACAAAAGAACAAUCCGGUGGUAAGAAGAAUAAAAAAUCGAAAAAAGGAAAAUCUGAUAAGGAACAACCGAAACACGAAUUUAAAGAUAAGGAUCAACCGAAACACGAAUUUAAAGAUAAGGAACAAGAUAAACAAAUAGAUAAUGCUCAGACAACAGAACUAAAGUUAGAACUAAAAUUAAAAGAAGAAAUUAUGAAAGAAUCAGAAAUUAAAGAUCAAGAAGAAGCAAAAGAAAAUAUAAUAUUUGAAAUUGAAUCUGAAGAAAUUCAAGAAAAAUCAAACGAAAAUACGAUAUUUGAAACUGAAAAUGAACUUCUUCAAGAAACAAAAUCUGACAAACUAAUGCAAUCAGAAAAACGUAAAAAGAAAUCCAAAGAAAGAAAAGCAGAAAUAGCACCAAAACAAAUCACUGAAACAGUUAUUGAAGAAAAUAAAGUAUUAGAAUCUGAAAUACAAAAAGAAAUAUUGAAAGAACAAUCAGAAGCAAAAGAUAUUCAAGAUAUAAAAGCAAUUACUGAGUUUGUUCAAGAAACAAUAUAUGAAAAACCAGCUUCUUCUGGAAAACGUAAAGGAAAAUCAAAGGAAAAGAAAAAAGCAAUUAUUACAGAAACAGCAAUUAAAGAAAAGGAAGUAUCUAAACCUGAAAUCAAAGAAAUAUUAAAAAAGGAAUCAGACAUUGAGGAAAUUAAAGAAAUUAAAGAAAUUGAGGAAGAACUAAAAACAAUUAUGAAAUCUGAAGAUGAAUAUAAGUCUGAGAUUGUUCAAGAAACAAAAUCUGAAAGAUCAGAACUUUCAGAAAAAAAUAAGGAAAAAUCUAAGGAAGAGGAAGUCUCUAAAAUUAAAGAAAUUAAAGAAAUUAAAGAAAUUGCAGCAGAAAUUGCACUAGAACAAAUUACUGAAACAUCAAUUGAAAAGAAUAAAAUAGUUAAACCAGAGAUCAAAGAAAAAAUAUCAGAAAAAGAAUUAGAAAUUGAAGAAGACAAGGAAGUUCAAAAAGAAAUACAAACAUCUAUAAAGUGUGAAAUUGAAAGUAAGCCUGAAAUUGUUCAGGAAAUAAAAUUUGAAAAAUCUCCAAAAAAGCGUAAAGGAAAAUCUAAGGAAACGAAAGUAGAAACUGUAUCAGAACAAAUCACUAAAAUAUCAAUUGACGAAAAGAAAUUAUUUGAAUUUGAUGCUAAAGAAAAAAUAUCGAGUCAAAUAAUAAAAGAAGAAGAAGUAAUUAAGCAGGAAAGAGACGAUACUGAUCACAUUAAACAGGAUGUUACUGUAGAGAAUGAAAUAGAAACAAUUGCGAUAACAUCUGAAAAGCUGAAAGAAAAGGAAAAUUCUGUAAAAGAAUCAACAGAAUUACCACAAACAAUCGCUAAAGAAAUUUCAGAUAGUAAAACAGAAACAAUAGAAGAGAAAGAGGAAACAAAAAUUGAACAAGCAAUAGAAACAGAAGAUAAAUCUAAAGUUUCGAAAAAAGAAAAACGGAAACAAAAGAAAAAAGAAAAAUCAGCUACAAGAGCAACUAGCCAAGAAAAAUUGAAAAACGAAAAAUCAGAAGCGAUUUCGCAAGAGCAGAAAGAAGAAAUAAAUAUGACAUCCAAAACGUUAGAUGAAUUAAAGGCAGAAGAAAUAUCUACAGAAAUUAUUUUAACUAAUGAAACCAAGGAGAAAAAAGACACUAAUGAAAUAUCUAAAGAAAUUGAAAAAUUAAUUUUUUCUGAAGUGAUUUCUGAUGAGAUAAAGCUUGUACCAGAAACUAUGCCUAUACCAAUACCUAAAGAAGAAAUAAAAGUAAUUAAAGAGAAAAUAGAAUUAUCAAAGUCAAUUGAAGAACAAGAAAUAAUUUCUGAUGAAAUAAGGCUUGUUCCCGAAACUUUGCCUAUAUCAAUAUCCAAAGAGGAAAUAAAACCAAUUAAGGAGAUAGAAGAAUUGCCAAAACCAACUGAAGAAAAAGAAAUAUUUUCUGAUGAAAUCAAACCAGAAAUUAUCUCUAUACCAAUAUCUGAAGAAAUACAUUCUAUUAAAGAGAAAACAGAGUUGCCAAAACUAAAAGAAAAUGAAAUUUCUGAUGAAAUGAAACUUGUUCCAGAAUCUUUAUCUAUAUCCAAAGAGGAAAUACAACCUAUUAAGGAAAUAAUAGAGCUGUCGAAACCAAUUGAAGAAAAAGAAGAAAUUAUAAAUAAAAUAAAAGACAUUGAAGAAAAAGGAGAAAUAAUUAAACCAGUGAUAGAUGAAGACAAAAAACAGGAAGAUUCGUCAUCUAAAAAAUCUAAACGCAAGAAUAAACAAGCAAAAAAAAGUAAGCACGAAGAAGCAGAAACGGAAAUAAAAUCUGUGGAUGAAGAUCUACUAUCAUCAAAGAUUGAAAAAAAUAUUGAAAUAUUAAACACAGGUUCUUCUACUCCAACUCCAGAUACUUCAAAGGAAAUCCUUCAAAUUGAAGAAAAGACAUUGAACGUAACGAUACCUGAACAGAAAAUAGAAGUUAAUGAUAUAUUAACAAUUGAUGAAAUUAAAAAAGAUGAAAAAGAAAUUAAGAACACAACAGAGCAGGAAAUUGUUUUUGAAGAAGAAAAGAUACUUUCGAAAACUCAAGAAGAAAUUGAAUUUAAUCUACAGAAAAUUGAAGAAACACCAUCGACUUCUCCUAUAAAAAAGAAAGUUACGAAAGAAGAAAAAUCUAAAACAACAAAAGACAAAGGAUAUGAAGAUAAAUCUAAUAAUGAUGAUAAAGAAAUUCAUGACAUAAAAUCAUUAACUACCGAAGAAAUAACAGUAGACAAGACUUCUGAAGUUAUAGAAGAUACAAUCAUUCCACUUGAAGUGGAAAAACCAACAGAAAUCAUUGAAUCAACUGAAGUAACGAUAAAUGGUAUAUUGAAAAAAGAAACUGACGAGAUUGAAAAAGAGACAAUUAAAAAAAUAGAAACAAUCGAAGAGAUAUAUCCAGAAAUUGUGAAAGAAAAUAUAAUCCAAGAAAUCGAUAAAGUCCCAGAACAAUUUAUACCGAUUGAAAAGCUAUUAGAUGAGAUCGAAUCACCCAUAAUAAUAGACUCGAUCGAAUCCCAAUUAGAAACCGAGGAAGAAUUCGAGAAAUGUAUAUCGAGUGAACCAGAAAUAGAGACGGUCGAUAUCGUAAUCGAACCAGCAAAACCAAAAGUACAAUUUUACAUAGCCGAUGAAAUUCUAGUUCUAAGUCCCGAGAAAAAGAAACCUGUCCAGACUCCUCUAAUCUUAAAGACCCUGUCAGAACUCAGUAGGUCCAAGUUCCUCUCCCUUGAUAGCGGUUUCUGGCCGGACAAACAUCCUUAUCACGAGGCUGAACGCUAUCUAUUCGAAAACUUGGCUAAUUAUCCAAAAGAAAAUACUUCGAGCGAUAUUAAACGCGAUUCUAACGAUCCAGACGAUUUUAAUGGGGAUCAGAAUGAUGGUAAUUUGAAUAAUCGCGGUGGAAAUGGUGGUCCCAUGAAUUCUUUUUUCUUGGGUGGACCUCAUACCGAGCGUUUGAUAGCCGAUCUUCCAGGUGGUAUAGGUAGCUGGAGCGAUUACAGUACUUACUUGUCGAGCGAGAACGAGCAAAGAACGGAUCAGACCACGGAGUUGGUCCAGGAAAAGAUCGAGAAUCCAACGUUAGAUCUAACCCUUCCCUCAGACGAAGUAGUUUCUGAAUUAUCCUCCGUCCACCUCGAGGAUGACCAGUCUAUUUCCAAAUUCGACGAAUUGUCGCUCGAAUCUGUUCCUACGACAUCAGAAAAUUCUGAGGAGAUCAAAUUACAAUCAUUGUCCACUGUCGAAGUGUCCCCUCUCGGUGAACAACCCUCUAAAUUAGAUCACGAGUUUUUUACUGCGGUUGAACGACUAGAAUCCACCUGUUCCGAUCCAUCGUGCGAAUUAUUCCCAAUACCAAAUAUCCCUGACCAUGGUCCAGAUCCUAAGGAAAAUUUAGGUAUUGAAAGAGGAUCGAUGCAGCGGCACACUCCAAUCGUGGAGACGGAGAGAGAGAUGGGGGUAGCUGAGGAUGAGGCUGAAAAGAGGAUACGAGGGAUCAAGGACAUCAUACAGGAACGCCUAAUGGUUUUACAAUUGAGUCUUUCGAACUUAAAAGGAACUUACUUACCACGAGAUAACAUAGACACUAUGCUCUCUGCACUCACGAAUUUAAUAACGGAGCUUCAAAGUUAUGAUGAAGAGACGCAUCACUUGGAAGAGGAAUUGCAUAAAAUACCAGCCGAUUUAGAGGCUCAAAAGCUUCUGUCCAAUCUAGAAGAAAUUCAGACUAAAAUUACAACCCUGUUGACACAAGCGAAACAAGGGCGCGCCACCCUUGAGGGUGCACGUGGACAACAAGAGCAACGCGGCCACGACAUUCACGCGUACAAAAAAUUCUUGGAUGAAACAGAUAGUUGGUUGAAAGAUAUCGUGGCUAGUAUGAAACAGGAACCACCGAUCGCUACGAACAAGGCUUUACAGGAUGAGUUGAGCAGUCACGCGCAGCGGGUGUCGGAGCUUGAAUCUUUGCCAGAGAUCAGCACAUUGGCAAAAGUCCUGAAGAAUGCGUUGUUGGAGGUGAUGUCGCGUCUGCAGCAAAGGCAGCAGGAGGUUCGCGACGAAGAAGCGCGAGCCGAUGAAACGUCAGACCGAGACGAUGCUACCCUCGAUCAAGCACCCUCGAUUCAUUCUUCCCUCGAAAGUAGUAUGCCAUCUUUAGCUGACGUUUCCUUGCAGACAGGACAGAGUUUAUUAGCCAACGAGAUCGUCGAGAAACCGCAACAACUCACCAAGCAAACGUCCACCAAUCAAAUUCCAAUCGCGACAGAAUGUCACUCGUUGACUACCCAAACCGUGGAUACAGUGCAUCCUGCCAUGGAGAGCAUCCAAACCCAGGAAACGAUAAAGAUUCUAAAAACCACGGAAGGUGAUCACGACGUUAUCGAGAUAGCCACGAAGAACGUGCCAACUUCCGCUCAGGAAAUCGUUCAAGAUCGUCCCGAGCAAAUAACCGAAGACAUCGUUGUUGACAUGAAAUAUCAAGAUCCCACGAACAUUGACAACACCACCAGUGAAUUAAACAUCGUCCACGCUGCCCCACAAUCGUUCGAGACCGUUUUGGUCGAACCUGACGACGUGACUACCGAAGUGGUGGUAGAUGAAGAUGGUUCUAAGAGGAUAAUAGUAAGGAAAUUGAGGCGAACCACGAUGACUAAUAGACAAACAACUCAACAACAUCUGUCUUCGACAUCCACCGCCAUUGGUGACGCUCCAUCCGUGGUGCAGGCUUUCUCAGAAGCUACCAUGAAGGAUCAGCAGGUCACUAUAACUACCACGAAGCCGGAUGGUACAAUAGAAACUGUUACGAAACAGAUCCAUGGAGGAAGAGUGGCCACCGGUACACCUUUCAAAGACGUGAACGUGGAUGAAUACGAGUCAUCUCCGCAAUACAUGCACACGGUGACUCAAGGCCACAUUCGAGACAUCAGUCCUCAACCAUUCGAAGAGGGAAUUUUAAUGGAAGGUGGAGAAUAUCGGGCAAAGACGUCUAGCGUGCACGCUGUGGUGCAACAAGUAACUAGAAGAGUGGUUAGGAAGACUAGAAGAAUUAUCAGAAAGGUUACUAUCAUCGAUGGUAAGGAAACUGCCACUGAGGAGAUAAUAGAGGAGCCCGAGGAAGUGGAGAUCGAUGAAAAGAAUAUUCCACACAUAAGUAUCAAUGUGAUUAAGCAAGAGGAACAGAGAAAUCUUGGUAAAGAUGAAGGAAUUGAAGAGAAGGCUCCAGAUCGCGUCGUGGUUGAGGAUGUUACUGAGAAAGAAGAUAAAGAGGACAAAGAUUCGAAAGAGGAAAAAGUCGUUACCGAUGAUAUUCCUAUGCAAGGACCAUUCUUUGGUGCAUUUGCUAAAGAUAUGCACCCAAGCACGACCUACUUAGUAACAGAGAGAGAGGAGCCAUUGCCUGACAAGAAAGACACUCUUACAAAAGAAAAGAAGAAGGAAAAAAUUGAUAUAAAUGUUGGAUCAGAGAAGGCUCUGGAAAAACCACUGGAAUUUUCAGACAUUCAAGAAUCCUUACAAGAUCUUGAAGAAUCUUUAUUACAGAGUGAAAAAAGCGACAAGUCAUUAAAAGCAAUCGAAAAGAAAAUUGAACCAACUGAUAAAUACGAGCACGAGCACUUUUUGGUCGAGGUAAAUGGCAAAAAGUUCCUUCAAUCGACCAGCCAGGCGUUUAUCGAUGCUGAAGUGUCGGCUACUUUGCAGAGCCCGAGUCAAGAGAUCAAGAUACGAGAGUCACAAGUACAGGAAGAGUUAACCAAGUCUUCGAUCGAAUCUGUCGUGUCAGAGGACUCGACGAGCGUGACUAAAGGGACUUGUAAGUUUAUCGAUGCACCAGUAAGCAGAGAAACACCCCGUAUCGAGGUAGAAGAUCGCACGGUAGAUGUAGAAAAGCACCAUGACAUUAGAGGCACCGUAGAUGUACCUGUCCUAGAAGAAAAGUCUUCGAUAGAAAAGUGGAUGAAAGAGAAAUCAGAAUCGUUGACAAAAUUAGCUUCAACGGAGGUACAAAAGAGAGUUCACGUUUCAGAAGAACGACCAAUUCAGUUCGAAGAGAUACUUCCUUCGACCUCAACACCAGCCGAGAGGAAAAGGCACGUAGAACUGGAGGCAUUACCGAUUGACGUGAAGCAGCAGAUAGUGAAGAAUUCUUUCGUUCCAGAGAUCGAUUAUUCGAUCGAUGAUUACAUGGACGAGGCACUGAAACCGGAAUACAAACCCAUCUUUCAUAAAGUAGAGAUAUCUCUUGCUGUAAAGAGGGAAGGCGAAGAGAUGCAACCUAUUGUGUCUGUGAGGAGUCAAUCUGAACCGGAAGCGGCUCCUUAUCGCUUAGUGAAGGAAGAUGUCGACAUCAGACUUCCGGCAGACAAAGAGAGCAUCUCGGUGAUUCACGACAAAAUCGUUCAAACAUCUCCACCAAUGGUUGAAGCUAAAGUUAUCGGUUUAGAUAAGUCUGUCGGUGGUUCAGAGAAAGAAAUUGUCACAUCUGUCGUCACGUCUGAGGAGACUGACAAAUCGAUCGUCACUUCGGAAAAAGAAAUCGUCACGUCUGAAAAAGAGGAGACUGACAAAUCGAUCAUCACCUCGGAAAAAGAAGAAAUCUCUGAUCAUGUCGUCACGUCGGAGAAAGAGGACGAAUGUCUGACAGAGCCUACGGUAGAACCUGAAGCAGAGGCAAUUAUACAAUUGGACAAGAAGAUCGAAAAACGGAUUGAAUCACCUAUGCUGUCCACGGAAACAAAAUCGAGCGUUUCUCUAGCGUCCAACAUUGGAGACUCGAUGGAAAUCGAUGUGCCGUUGUCCGAUUCGUCGAGGCACGCGAGCGAAGCACCACAACCUGACAUCGCGAAAAUGUUUGAAUCUAGGGAAGUAGAGUUGUAUUUGAAAGAGGAAACAUCGGAAGGGGAAGAUGGUUACGAGGCGGAUAGAACGAUCGUGACGACUACACCGGAUGACGAAACUGUGACGAAAACGAAGAGGAGGAAGAAGAAGAAGCAGAGGGUACGAAGUUGUAAGGACGAAGAGCAAACCGAAUUCCCUAAGACAACCACCGAUGAUGGAGAAUUCACGGACGAUGAGACGCUGGCAGAGAGCGAGGAUGCAAAAGCUACGAAGAAGAAAAAGAAGAAAAAGAAACGGGAAGAGAUUGACUUCGCUAAAGAAAAAAUCGUUCCAACCAUGAUCGUGGCAGAUACUCAAACUCUUCCUCGAGAAUUCAGUGUCUCCAUUGCUACGUCCCCGAAACAGGAGGAGGUUUCAGAGAUUUAUAUUCAAACGUCGCCCCAUUUAUUGGAAGACGUUAAACUGAAAAUCGAAGAGAUUCACGAAGAGGUGCAAACUUCUCCUCCAAUUUCGCUAGAAGAAUCGGAAAAACCUGAAACACCCAAAGUGAAGGAAGUUCACGCGGAGAUGCAAACUUCUCCAUUGCCUGCUUCGGAUUUCGGCAUGCAAACUGUACCGGAAGAGAAAGAAUCAGAACCUGAAAAACCGAUUAUACAACAUUCGGAAAUGCAAACAUCGCCAUUACCAGCUUCAGAUUUUAGUGGUCAGACUGUGGAGGAAGAGGCGCCCAAAAUAGAAGAAAUAAGUACUCAGACCAUGGAAUCACCUGUCAAGAAAAUGGAAGAAUAUGCUGUUCAAACGAGUCCAGUCGAAGAUAUCAAGCCAGAAGUUGUUCCGAUCGAAACCGAGGAAAUUCAAGUUCAAACUAUGGCCACAGAAGUAGCUUCCAUCGAAGCACAAACAUCGCCCACCGCGCCAUCCAUGGAAAUUGAAACGCAAACCGUGGAAAAAAUCGUAGUUGCCGUUGAACAACAAACCACUCCACCUCCAAUAGAAGAAAAGAUUCUAACUGGAAUAGCUGUUCAAACGGUAACUCCUGAAGUACCCAAGACCACAGAAACGGAAGCACAAACUAGCAAACCGACCACUCCGGAAAUAACUACGUUGGAUUUCAAUGUGCAGGCAGAUCUAAUAGAACAGCCCGUUGUCGACGUAGUAGAAACUCAAACGACACCAGAGAAGAGUCCACGACAAGCGGAAACUCACGAAACUGAGUCACAGACGAUUCAACCGGAGCCAACUCAAGAAAUCAUGAUUCAAACUUGUCCAGUUACUUUUGCUCCGGAGAAAGUGGAGGUUUGCGAGUUAUCUUCUCAGACUAGCAUGGAAGAGGUGAAGGAAUCGAUAGAUGAACAAUCUCAGACCAUGACCCCGGAGAAGAUAGAAACGUUGGAUAGUUCGGUACAAAUAAAGACAAGCGAAUUAAUAGAACAGAUAGAAGAAAGUGUGCAGAUCAUUCCUGAAACACGGGAGGAAAGUGAGCAAACGAGUAUCGAAGAGAAGAAACCGUUGUUGGUGACGUCUUCUCAACAAACAAACGGAGCACUGCAAGUUGCCGAAUCGGAAAAAGAAUUUGUAGUGGAGGAUGAGGAAGGUAACUUGGUGGAGGCCAUGAUAGAUGAGGUUGACGCGUCGACGGAGAUAAAGGCACCUCUGAUACUUACAGAAAUUCCAGUAGCACCUGAUGUACAAGUACAAGAAACUAAGGAGUACAUGGAUACGAAAACUGAGAAAGUAACAGAACCGAUGUCUGUUAUUGAGGAGCCUUUAAAUAAAAUAGAAGAGCCAAGGGAUGAGAGCUCACAGGGUAUCUCUGAUAUAACGGAGCCUAAGUCGGAAAGCGAAGAGACAAUGGCGCCUUCGUUGGAGGAGACGGAAACAGCGGACGCUGAAUUUGAGAUUCGUUUGCAGGCAACCAUAGAAUUGUGCCCCGACGAGACUACAGACACUACUAGUAAAUUAACCGAUACUUCGCGAGACACGACUAUUACCGAAGAUCUAAGUAUCACAGGAAAAGUAGAGGACAGUAGCGUGGUGAAAAGACAGAAACGUAAGAGGAGACACAAAACUAUUGAAAUUUCGGCGACGAGUGAAAAGGAUCUGGAAUCCAUAUUCGGACAGCCUGUAGAAUCGAAAGAUGUUUCUCUGAAAUUGUCUUAUUCCGACGUUGCUAAGAAAAAUGUGAGUAAGGAGAAGUCGCCUCCUAGAGAAGAUGUUGAAAAAGAUUUUGAAAAGGACGAGUCUGUAGGGAAGGAAUCUCCAGAGUUUGUAUCGGAAGAGAGUGUGAAAGAAGCUGAAGAAAAAAUAGAGACAGCUGCCAUACCGCUGUCGAUAGCAACGGAGCCAAUAGCCGUUAAAGAGAUUCAAGAUGUAUGGACUUUGGGUAAAGAAAAGAUAGUCUCGCCUAUGGAACCAGAAGUACAACAGAUGCAAGUAAUAAGUACUCACACGCCUUCCCCUGAACCAAUGGACACGACGGAGGAACCAUUUUCUCCUGUGGAAUCAAUUCCUCAAGAGGACGAUCGACCCAGGAUUAAAACCUAUGCGGAUAUUAUCAGCGAAUCUUCUAAGAAACCAGAAAAAGAUCAACCUUCAACGUGGGAAUUAUCUCAGCACGUUGUCCCGCAAAAAGGAGCGAGUUCAAAGGCUUUCUUGAUGGCUGAGAGUGCAGAAUACGAGCCCCAACAUCAGAUCACGCAAAGCAGUCAAACGACCAAAGCGAUCUCUGAUCGAAUGCAAAGUUUUCUAAAUGCCAAACAAUCUAGUCAUCUUGGAAAUAUCCUUCAUAUCGCUCAUCUGGACAAAGUGGCGAAUGAAAAGUUGGCCGAAGAGCGCGCUGCUGACAUAAGGAAAGAACUGUCUCACCUGAGGGACGCUGCUCAAGAGAAAGAUGCGAUCACCGUGGAGGAAACUCUCGUUGUCAUCGUGGACACGAUUUCCACUUGGUUGGAGACGAUCGAGUACAGAAUCUUCUUGAGCAAAGAGUGUCCUACGGGUCCUUCUCACGAUGAUCAGACCUAUGUCGAAUUGAGAGACGAAGUGGAGAACGUGGAGGAGAAUAUUCAAGAGCUGAAUAACGUUUGGAAAUUAGUGGAGAUGAAUUAUCCGAGAGAAGAUCGUAAUAAUUUGCAGGAAUGUCUCGAUGCUCUCAUGCAUCAGGUUAAAAUGAUCGAGGACGCGACCGACGAUGGGGAGAAAUAUCUUACGAACGAGCUUGCUAGAUGGGAUGAAUUCGUAAACGGAGUGUACAACAUGUACAGAUUAAUCGAGGAACAACGAAAACAUCUAAACAACGUAAUCGAGCUCGAGACAUCCACGAAAUGGAAGCUCGAAGAGCUCGAUAAAUUAGAGAAUAUGAAUCAAUGUCACAUGUGGAAAACCGCAUCGUUGCUCACCGUAUCUCACGAAUUGUUGCGGGAUUAUCCCGGAAAACACAUCCCGGAAGAGACUUACGCGGCUCACGAGAUGACUAAGAUAAUCGAGCAUGAGAUAUGCAUCGAACGUGAACGACUUCUUCAGCUACUCGCCUUGGCCGAAGAAUACGAGCAAACUUUGCGAGAAUUCGCACAGAUCACCGAGAUCGCGGAGAACUUAUUAGAGAGUCCUAUCUCGGUGAUGAGUUUGGAACAUUUGCAGGAGGAGAUGCAGAAGCACAGAAAAUUCUUCGUGAAUUUGAAUCAUUGUCGAGGAAUCCUGGAAUCGUUGGAAGGCAAUCUUGAUCCGGAGACGAGAACCAAAUACUCGGAUCUUCACGAAGAGCUGCACAGUAGGGCUAUAUCGUUGUUGGAUCAGGCCGCGUCUAGAGCUCAGCAAAUGGCUCUUGCAGCAUCCAGAUGGAUUCUUUUGGAACAGGGGGUGAAGGAGGAGAGAGGAUGGCUACAAGUUGCUCAUCAACGAGUACCUGAUCUUCAAACAGUGACGUCGUCGGAUUACGAUCAAUAUAUCUCGUUGUAUCAGUCUCUGGCAACGGACGUUGCAACGCAUCACGCAAGACUUAUUCAGCUUUUGAACGUAGCGCGAAGUCUCGAGGAGCUGGUGAACAUCGAGGAUCCCGAGGAUCGUUACGGAGAAGCUUUAGACGUGAUCGUAAAACUUCAAGAUAACGUGGAAUCGUCGUUAAGGAAAUUGAUGUCGUUCAAAGAGAGUUGGGUUAAUCAAGAAAUGUUGAUGAACCGAUUGGAGAAUUGGAUGACAUCGGUGGAAAAGGAAUUGAACAAUUUGCGCGAUCCUUCAGGGGGUCACAUACGUCAAUUCUGGGAAUUGAAAGCGCAAUACGAGGUCCACAACAACAUUCGAGAGGAGGCCAACAACAGUUUCGAGCAAGCCCUGAGAAUAAUUCCCUUAUCGGAUGAAAUGUUGCAAAGACAGUUCCAUUGUGAGCUCCAAGAUCGCUGGAACGACGUGACUCAACAGAUCAACACCAUCCAAGAACAAGUGACUCGAAACAUCUCUUCCGAAGAGAUAUCGUCCAACGAGAAAUUAAAAUUACUCGAGAGAGAAUUGAACGAGUUACGAGUGACGAUCGAUGGAUUCCACGGUGUUUUGAAGACGGAGGAGGAGUUGGAUCUUUAUAUCGAACGCUUGACAGUCUUGUUCGACAGGAUCUGUUUGAUCCAAGACGAAUUAGGUCGCCUGGGUUUACUUCCUGUGGCGGAGAGCGAGAAGGUCGGUGUGUUGCUGUCCUCGGCUCGCCGAAUAGAGAGUCAAAUAAGCGAGGAAUUGGAUGCAGCGCAGUUGCUUAGGGAAAGGCUUCAGGCAAUUCAGCGUGGCCUCAGCCGUAUUAGAAAAAUCCAUCAACGGCAAUCAUCUAUAUUGGAUCAAUGCGAGGGAAGCGAACGACAGGGAAGUGACGUGGUCGCAGCUGCCGUGGAUCGAUGUCAAACGGUAGCUGACGAGCUUGCGGUCUUGUGGCAGGAUAUUAUGGGUCUCAGACAAUUAUUGCACACCCUGCCCACCGUGAUGAGAGUCUCGGUUUCUCCGGUCAGCGUGGAACGAGACAUUUCGAAUCUUCAAGAUGCUCAUACCGAUCUGGAGUCCAGAUGCUCGAGAUUGUUGGCGUUAUUGAAGAACAGACUUGCCCUGUGGAGAAGAUUCGAGAAACAGCUGGAAAUGGUGCAGCAAUCGGUUCAAGAGGCUGAUUACAUGAUGGAGUUGUUAACCGUGCAAGGAUCUGUCGAUUACGACAGACUGCUGAAAGCUACCGAAAGGCUAGAGGGUCUCAGCGGUGAUUUGGGUGCGCGAGAAGUUCUCAUUGGCGAAUUGCGAGAAGCUGCCGAACCUCUGCGGGAGGGUUGCGCUGCAGAGGUCCGCGAGAAGGUCGAAGCGGCGGUAAAUGAGGCCGUACAGGCCUGGGAGGAUACCAGGGCCGAAUUAGAUGCCCUUUGCACCAAGUAUCAGCACGCGUGCAGAUUGUGGCAACAGUACAAAGACUCGAGUGCUGCGGUUAAAGCCUGGGUGGACACGCAAAUGGACAGCGUCGCCAAUCUUCCACCUGAAGAGGCCGUCAAACACAUCAAGGUUUGCGAGGAGACGAUGGCGGAGCACAAGGAAAGGUUGGCGGAGCUUCAAGGCCUGGUGGCGCAAAUCGCGUCGGACGUCGGGUUGGACGCGAGUGGACCGUUGCACUGCGAAGUGGAGGCACUUGGACAACGUCUCGAGGAUAUCCGUGAAACGUUAUCGUGCCUCGCGGAUGCGGCGCACGCCCGCGCCCUCAACCAGGAGCUCGCACGUGGUGAUUUAUGUCAGACGAAAAAUUUCCUGGAUUCGGUCCAACAGAGCCUGACCGCGGUGGGUCAAGGCGAGUCGAAGGAGCAAUUGGAACUCCUCCGCAACCAUCUUCUUGCGCUCACCUGCACGGAACCGCAGCUACAAUCGAUCAAGGAACGCAGCCUGGAGGUAACGACGCAAGAACCGUCGGUUGUCGAGGUGUUGAAACUGUGGCAGAAGGUCUUCAGAGAAACCUUCCAACAGUAUCACCGGUUGUCGGCUCUUCUAGUCAAAACGCAGGAUGGUGCCACUGCCUUGAAACUUUGGCAGGAGUACUUGUUCUACGUACAAGAUUUCCUGUCCAACGAUGUACCCGGCGACUACAACGGUUUGUCGGAACACAGGAACCUCUGCGAGGUUCAUCAGAAUCUCCUGACCGAUCAACAGAAUCUCAUUCUCACGGUUCGAGCGGAAGAGGGGGGUAAUCUGUCGAAAACCGAGCAAUUCAACAUUCUGACGAACCAACACAACGAAACUCUGGCCAAGAUCAUGGAGAGGCACGCGGCUGUACGCGACAGAUUGACUGCGUGGGAUCGGUACAAAUUGGAUCAGGGUAAACUCUUGUACUGGCUGAAGGAGAUCGAAAGAGAACGAAGCCAGUUACGCUUCAGAUUCAUCCAAAUACAGAGAUUGGACGAAAUUCUCCAGAGGAUAGAGUCGUUGCUGGACAAGAUACCCGAAGGCGAAGCCCAAUUGGAAUCUCUGCAGAGGCAACAGGAGACACUGCUAGCCAAAUGCGACGAGGCGUUAGCCGUGACCAUUCACAGGGACCACGCAGCCAGCGUACAAAGGAUCAACAAUCUGAGCUCAAGUCUGGAGAUGUGGAGGGAUCACAUCCCGAGGAUACAGAAACGGUACAAGGAGUACGAGGAAAAGUCGAAGGACAUCAAUAGCACGUUCACGGAGAUCGGUCAAGCUUUCAGUACGGCGUUUCACUCGAGUCCUGCUAGUUUGACGAGGACGAAACAGCAAUUGGAAUCUGUACACCAGAUGCAGAACAGAUUGUCCUCGAUGAGCAUAGAUUUGGAAUCCUUGGGCGUGAUGAUACAACAAUUGAGAGAGGAUCUCAGCCCGACCGAUAUAAAAUCGUUGAACGAACAACGGGCGCUUUUCCGGCUGCAGCACGAGGACCUGGAACAUCAGGCGGCGUUGCUGAUAUGCAGAUUGGAGGAGCGUUGUGGUCUGUACGAUCGGUGGAGGGACAGAUUAGGCAGGUUACUCGCGUGGAUAGGAGAAACUGAGAUCAGAAUUCAGGAUUGCGACUCGCCGAACGAGCCCGAGGAAACUCUUAAAAAAUUGGAAUGCGAGAUACAGUCGGAUAUCGCGUUGAAACAGCGAGAAUUAUUGUGGAUACAGAACACUGGGCAAGAUUUGGUCGAAGUAGCGGAGGAAGAGGAGAGCGAAAGGUUGCAACGAUCCCUGGACGAGUUGAACGAGAGGUGGGAUCGAUUGGUGGCUAUGGGAAAAGCGAGAGCUAGUAAGUUGAUGGACCUGAUGAGGACGAUGAGCACGUUGGAGAAGAGGAUAAACGAGUUGAGGAGCUGGCUGGCCAGCGUUGAAAGUCAAUUGUCGGAGACGUUCGUGGUCGAGGCGAUCGAGCAGAGUUGCAUCGACAAGAAGCUGGACGAUCACGAACAUCUUCAGAAGACGAUCGAGGCGGAAAGCGGAAAUAUCGGCGAGGUGUUGAAUCUCUGCGAGAUUCUGUUGAACGACUGUGAUGCGUGGAAAACGUCUUUCAACAACGCGAUCAAGAGCGGGAUGGAAGGUUUGGAGCGUAGGUGGACAACCACCUGCGUGAAAUCGGCGGAGAGAAAGGGGAAUAUCAUUCUCGCGUGGAAAAUUCUGCAGGAAUUGGAGAAGAUCAGGUUGGAGCAGGAAGGUUGGCUCGCGGAAACGGACAAGGCUCUCGCGGAAUUGGAGAACAACUUGGACGAAGUUUCGAAGGACGAGUCUAAGAAGGCUAUCGAGAAGGCGAGGAGCAUAUCCGAGGACGUAGAGGCGCACGAACCGGUGAUCAAGAUAAUCGAGCAAAACUUUGGACGUUUAGCUAGAACGGGUUUGGAACCAGAUAACCUGAAAUCGCUUAUCAGCGAGACCAGGCGGCUUAUCGAUAAAUGGCAAACGUUCAAGCCUAGAGCGAAUGCCGUUCUAUUGGCUCUCCAGAAAGGACAGAAGAAUUAUCGAGACUUUAUCACUGUGCACGGCGCGGCGGUCGUUGGACUGACGCAAGUCGACGUUCGAUUGACCAGGACGCAACACCUGGCCACGCCGGAACAAAAAGCGUCGAUUCGUCGCAGGCUGCAGCAAUUGAACGAGAUCGAGGAAGAACUUCGCACUCAGAACAUCACGUUGCAGAAAGCGGAUGAAUUGGCGCUUAAGGUUAUGCAAGAAUGUCAUCCGGAUGACGUGGCGAAUAUCCAAGAAUUGGUGGACGAGUAUCAGCUGUUAUGGAAAGACAUCAAGAAGAGAGUGGCGUCGUUAAGAGCGGAAAUAGAGGGACAGGAGAGGUCUGAAGUCGACGAGGCUGUGCAAGUGGAAACGUUGAAAUUCGAACAGGACAGUGCGGUUCAAGUGGACACGUUGCCUAGGUUAUUACGAAUGACUUCUAGCGACGCAUACCUGAUGGAAUUGGAAGCUGCUCUGGUCGAGUGCAACGAUGCAUUGGAUACGUUGCAAUUAGCAAUCGCCCCGGAACCUGUUGCUGGACCUGGAUUAAAUGCGACUGCUAAAAAUAUCAGUAAAUUAAUCGGAAGCUGUCAAUCGUCGAUCGAACUGGUUCGUCAUUUGCACAGUUUGCUCAUAGAAGAUGGAAAAUUGAGCGCGCAAGCCGCCAAGGCUAACGAGGUGGCUGCGUUAACGGAAAGAUACGAAAAUCUUCUUAUAUUGGCGAGAACGCGAGAACAACAGAUCAGAGAACUCAGGUCACCUAACUCCGACGUUUACACCUCUCCCUGCGAUCACGACAAUGGCAGAUUAACCUGUCCCCUAUGUUCCCGUCGCAACUGGGCCCAACUGGAGAACGAUCUUUGGAGGUUGGAAAAAUGGCUGGAAUUCGCUGAAGGCACCCAAAGCGCGCAACAUUCGCCACCUGGCAAUAUCGAACAAUUGGAGGAUGUGAUACAAGAUCACAGAGAAUUUGUGCUAGAUUUAGAUUGUCACGAAAGUAUUCUUGCCAGUCUGAACACCGUUGGCGCGCAUUUAGCCGAUCACACGGAGGAAUUGCUUCGAGCAACGCAGCUCAGAGACAGAUUAGCCGUUGCGAAUACGAGAUGGGUGAAGGUUUGCAAAGUGGCUGCACAUUGGCAGGAACAGUUACAGACUGCAUUAAUGUCGAACCAGCAAUUCCAUCGUAUCAUAGAGGAAUUGGUCACCUGGUUGGAGAAAACUGAAGCCAGUAUACGGGCCAGCGAACCGGUCGAUCUGACCGAGUCGGCGGAAAUUAUGACCGCAAAGUACAAUAAAUUCAGGGAAUUGAGAAGUGAUUUGGAGCGAUGCGAGCCUCGAGUUCUGUCGCUUCAAGAGUCAGCCAAUCAAUUAUUGGACGAGAAAGGCGAAACCAGAGCACGCCUACAGGAACUUCGUCUCAGAUUGCAGUCCCUUCGACGGUUAACCGGGAUAUACGCUUUAAAAUUAGGAGCAGCCCUAGGGAUGGACCCUCGGGACGUUGGACUCGCAGCCACUACCUCUUCUCUCGCUUCCCUUUCACACGAUUUGCUCGACGAAGCUGCCUCUGGAACCGUUCAGCCCCACGACGCACCUGACACACAUGGUGACGAUGGCGAGCGUACGGUAUUGUCUCGGGGAUACCGUUUCCUGGGCCGCGUGUUGCGCGUUUCCCUGCCGAUCCAGGCGUUGAUGCUCCUAUUCCUCGGCGUCGCCUCUCUGGUUCCUUCCGCCGAAGAAGACUACAGCUGCAUGCUGUCGAACAACCUCGCCAGAAGCUUCACGCCAAUGGUCGUGUAUCCGAACGGGCCACCGCCGAUCUAACGAUAAAGAAGCUUAAUCUCGGGCGCGCCGACUUCACCGGACCCAGACGAAUUUACAAUCGCAACAUCCAGAGGAGUCGCGGGAAGCGGAAGCGCGAGAUCACGCACGAUCUGCGUACCUACUUAACUAGUCUGUCGUAUGGCGAUCCGUCGAUGGUAUCGAGCGAUCGAUGAAUGAGAAAAGAUCUGUUUUUUUUUUUUUUUUUUCUUCUUCUUCUUACAAAUCCUUUCAUCGAUCAGAAUCCCUCCAUCGAGGCAGUCGAGCGACGUGAGUAGAAACAGGUAGUAAAACGUGUUCCAUUGUCUCGAUGGGGGAAUAUAUUGGUAAGAAAAUGGUCAAAGACACGUUCCUUCUACAGACGACGAUUUUACACGUGUGAUAACAAUUGUUUGUACUUGUGCGUAGAACACGCGUUACGGACCAAAAACGAUCGUCAUUGUUACGACCCAUAGCAUCCGUUUACUUACUCGUUCUGUAUAAUUAUUGUGAUCUUGGUGCAAUAUUUGCAUAAUAUUUUUCCCUUGUCCCCGAAUACCACGAAGAGUCGAAAAUACAAACGAUUAUACGACGAGAGACAGAGAAAAGAGAAAGAAGAAAGAGAGAUCCACGUACGAAUAACGUACGAUCCUUCGGGUUUGCACGGUUUGUACUCGAUGGAUCCGUUUCCGAUUUUCGAUCAUUUAGCCCGACAUUCCAUGUAACAUUACGGCGUUUGUAUUUAUACGAUACGUAUAAUGUAGAUAUCGUUUCGUUGACAAUUGAUUAGUUUUCCUUCCUCCCUCCAGUUUUUUUUUUCGUUUGUCUCUUUAAAAAAAAAAAAAAAUAGAAAAAGAAAAAAAGAAAAAAAACGAACGAAUGAGCGAGUGUAUGCGAGAGCGCGUGCGGACGAGAGAGAGAAAUGGAUUAAUGUCACAUGGAAUGCGCGAGAAAAUAACGUUGACGAUAUUAAAUUAUAUUUACGAUUAUUAACGAAUAUAACGAAUCGCUUGUAUUGUGUGCACACAGAAAAUAACCGCGGAACGAUCAAAGGAAGACGGCAUAAUUAAUGUGUACGUACCGUAGAACCUUUCAGGGAGUAUCCGUGACUUUUACGUUAGUACGUAACGAAGAAAAUAAAUAUAUACAUACUUGUUCGACUUUAUUUUUUAUACGUUGCGUUUAUAACUCGAGGGAGAGUAGGGAAAGAGCGGUUCGAUUAUGAAAUCGAGAACGAAACGUCCACUGACCGAUUACUUCAACGUGAUCGCUUAACGCGAUAGUCAUUGGUGCUAGUUCGAAACGAUAGAGAGAAACAUAAUAAUUAAUAUUAUAAUACGAUUAUAAAAUAUUAUCAUCGAGAAAUGGUAAACGAAUUGUUUCUUAUUUCCAUUGUUUUUUCUACGAUUCCUUAAGAGAGAAACGAAGAAUGAAAAAAAAAAAAAACGAAGAAACAAGGAUGGAGAGGAUAUAGAAAAAAGACGAAAAAACACACAGAUAGUAUCGCAUAAUAAUCGAAGUCGCAUAAUGAACGAAGUUACCGACGACGCCUCUGACGAGGUGCUUUUUUUUCUUUUUUUUUUAUUAUUUUUAUCCCUUUUUUUUUUUUUUUUUUUUUUUUUUGAAAACGAGAACGACACACUUUUGGAUACGCACAAAAGGAUCACGAGUUUAUAUUCGAGGUACAAAAUAAGAGAACGACUGUAUUUAACGGCCCGCUAGUUUCGCUUCCUAAUUUAUCGAUAUCUUGCUUGCUACGCGACCGAGCUUUGUUAUGUAUUUUUAUAAGGACAGAGCUUUUCGAAGGCGGUGUACAUCUAUCGAUGUAAUGUAAUUACAAUAAAUUGAAACCUAUGCAGAA